AUGUCUCGCAUCGGUGUGAGGGAGGGGGAGAGAGGGGGAGAGGGAGAGGGAGAGCGAUGUGGCUGAGAUUAUGCUAUUUUUGUUCAGUGUAAAUGUAUUUCUAGUUAGCUACUGAAGAGCAGCCAAUUACCAAGUGUCCAUAAAUCUAUAGCCUACCAUUCCUACUGAGGCAGUCUUCUGCCAACAUUAUUAUUAGGCCAAAAAAAAAAGAAGGUGCAUUUGCCUAUGAUUUGAACAGUGUGGGUGUCGCAUGCCCGCUGUCAUGGGCACCAUGGGUACUGCCACCGUGCUGAUGUGGUACUCGUAAAACUGAUUCGAGGUUGGCAGGUUUGACGCAUGUGUGUUAGGGAGUCUCUCCCCGCGUGACUGACCCUGUACCCAGAUGUCCGGCCAGCCAGCCUUGUGUGGAUGUGGGUUAUGGAGGGGCCUCUUCCUGACAGCAAUGCCCCCUGGGAAACGGAGUCCUGGCCAGCAAUCCUGCCAUGUCCUGCUGCUUCCUUCCUGCCCUCCCAUUCUCUAGUACCCUUCUCCCUGAAGGGUGCACUUGUUCACUCCCCCUCAUGGAUUUAAUAGGGAAAGGAAGGACUUAUUUGAUGAAUGUGGUGAACACUCCCUGUAAGCCCCAUGCUUACAGCAAUCUAAUGCUUUGGAAUCCGUGAGGAGGAAUGAACAGGGAGAGAAUUGGACCGCAGCCAGAGAGAGGAAGAGUCUGGUACCAUUUUGACCUCUAGUCCCUUUCCCUUAGUGCCUACCCCGUCUGAAUGGGAUGGAUCAGGUGUAAUUGCCAACAAUGUGGCGAAAGACUAAGCUAGCAACAGUCACAGCAAAUUAACGUUCUUAUUUCAUCAACACUGUCAAGUACAAGUAUAUUAAGGUUAUAAAAUUGUAGAGAACAAUCUAAUGGUUAAUUCUAUGUAAUUUAUAAUGACAUAGGGCAAAGAACUACGUUUUGACAUUAAUUUCGUAGCACCCUCUUGAAUUGCCCCGUUUUUCUCAACAUUGUACACAGUGAGUGAACGCCCUACCCUAUGGCAUCCUUUCAGAUUUGGGAACACCGGAGGGGUGGAGGAGCUAGCAGAAGGGGCUAGGGGCCGCAAUGGAACAGGGCCGUCUGAGAUGUACUGUACAGGGAGGGCCGUCUGAGAUGUACUGUACAGGGAGGGCUGUCUGAGAUGUACUGUACAGGGAGGGCCGUCUGAGAUGUACUGUACAGGGAGGGCCGUCUGAGAUGUACUGUACAGGGAGGGCCGUCUGAGAUUUACUGUACAGGGAUGGCCGUCUGAGAUGUACUGUACAGGGAUGGCCAUCUGAGAUGUACUGUACAGGGAGGUCCGUCUGAGAUGUACUGUACAGGGAGGGCCGUCUGAGAUGUACUGUACAGGGCCGGCCGUCUGAGAUGUACUGUACAGGGCCGUCUGAGAUGUACUGUACAGGGCCGUCUGAGAUGUACUGUAGCGAAAUAGGGGGGAAGACUGAGGGAGAGAGACUAGAUUAAUCAACCGAGAUGGAGACGGAGGGUGGGAUAGAAGGGAAUUGAUGAGAGCGGGAGAGAGAUGGAGUGUGAACAAGAGAGCGAGAGAGAGAGGGAGCAACAGAACGAAAAAGUCGGGAAACCUACUUUCUGAGACACACACAUUCUGAUACACACACACACACACACACACACACACACACACACACACACACACUGACAGUGUUUAUAGUCUGGUUGUACUCAAGCCCAGUGCCUAACAAAACACAGAGAGACAAGUCUAUAUAACAAAACAGCCUUGCGGGCCCUGUUCCAAUAUUUUUUAUACCGUUUUCUAUCUUUCCUUCCUUCCUUCCUUGAAGUCAACACUGAUCUGUAUAUGUCGGGAUGGUUGCCAUCCUAUUGCGGUCUCACAAAUAGCAGAGCAGUGAAUUCAUCAAGGAAGGAAGGAAUGAAUGAAGGAAGGAAGGAUGGAUGAGAAUUCUAGUCUAAAAUUAGGGGAGCCAUGGUGGAUUGGUAGAUUAAAUUAGGGGAGCCAUGGUAUAUUGGUAGAUUAAAUUAGGGGAGCCAUGGUAGUUGGUAGAUUAAAUUAGGGAUCCAUGGGUAUUGUAAUUAAAUUAGGAGAGCCAGGUAGAUUGGUAGAUUAAAGUAGGGAGCCAUGGUAGAUUGGUAGAUUAAAUUAGGGUAGCCAUGGUAGAUUGGUAGAUUAAAUUAGGGGAUCCAUGGUAGAUUGGUAGAUUAAAUUAGGGGAGCCAUGGUAGAUUGGUAGAUAAAUUAGGGGAGCCAUGGUAGAUUAGUAGAUUAAAUUAGGGGAGCCAUGGUAGAUUGGUAGAUUAAAUUAGGGGAGCCAUGGUAAUUGGUAAUUAAAUUAGGAGAGCCAUGGCGAUGGUAGAUUAAAUUAGGGGAGCCAUGGUAGAUUGGUAGAUUAAAUUAGGGACCAUGUAGAUUGGUAUAUUAAAUUAGGAACCAUGGUAGAUUGGUAGAUUAAAUUGGCCAUGGUAGAUUGGUAGAUUAAAUUAGGGGAGCCAUGGUAAUUGGUAGAUUAAAUUAGGGAGCCAUGGUAGAUUGGUAGAUUAAAUUAGGGGAGCCAUGGUAGAUUAGUAGAUUAAAUUAGGGAGCCAUGGUAGAUUGGUAGAUUAAAUUAGGGGAGCCAUGGUAGAUUAGUAGAUUAAAUUAGGGGAGCCAUGGUAGAUUGGUAGAUUAAAUUAGGGGAGCCAUGGUAGAUUGGUAGAUUAAAUUAGGGGAGCCAUGGUAGAUUGGUAGAUUAAAUUAGAGAGCCAUGGUAGAUUGGUAGAUGAAAUUAGAGAAGCCAUGGUAGAUUGGUAGAUUAAAUUAGAGAAGCCAUGGUAGAUUGGUAGAUUAAAUUAGAGAGGCCAUGGUAAUUUGUAGAUGAAAUUAGAGAAGCCAUGGUAGAUUGGUAGAUGAAAUUAGGGGAGCCAUGGUAGAUUGGUAGAUGAAAUUAGGGGAGCCAUGGUAGAUUGGUAGAUGAAAUUAGGGGAGCCAUGGUAGAUGAAAUUAGGGGAACCAUGGUAGAUUGGUAGAUUAAAUUAGGGGAGCCAUGGUAGAUUGGUAGAUUAAAUUAGGGGAGCCAUGGUAGAUUGGUAGAUGAAAUUAGAGAAGCCAUGGUAGAUUAAAUUAGAGAAUUUAUGCUUUGGUUUGUGCGAGAAAAAGAGAGAGCGAAUGUGUGUGUGUGUGUGUGUGUGUAAAGAGAGAUGUAUAAACAAAGGGGUGUGUGUGUGAGAGAGAGAUGUAUGAAUGAAACGUUCUGUGUGUGUUUUUGAUGUAAAUGACACUGUUGCACACGUGUGUGUGUGUGGCCUGUUACUUGGCGUUGGGGUGGGUGUGUUUGUGUUUAUGCCGUUCCCGCUGUGCCCAGCGUGGUGCCAGGGUUAGUACAACAGAGGGUACAGUGUGUGGCCUGCGUCGAGCCAGGGAGCGUGAGGAGAGGGGGAUCGGGACAGAGGGAGGGAGGGUGGAUGAACAAUGCCAAGCUGUUCAGCUCAGAGAACCACCCGGGAGAGAAAUGUUGAGUGGAAGGGAGCGGAGGGCUGUGUGUUUUUAUCUAACUUUACAUUGUCUUAAAGAGCACCUUAGAGUGAAUCCAUUACAAUGUCACAUAGUGGUAAACAGGGCUUUAUAUUGGUGGAGAGGUUGGUUUUAUGCACUUCCCUUAUCCUAACCAUUUAUUUAUUUAUUUCUCUCUCUCUCUCUCUCUCUCUCUCUCUCUCUCUCUCUCUCUCUCUCUCUCUCUCUGUCUCUGUCUGUCUGUCUGUCUGUCUGUCUGUCUGUCUGUCUGUCUGUCUGUCUGUCUGUCUGUCUGUCUGUCUGUCUGUCUGUCUCUGUCUGUCUCUGUCUGUCUGUCUGUCUCUGUCUGUCUGUCUGUCUGUCUGUCUCUGUCUGUCUCUGUCUGUCUCUGUCUGUCUCUGUCUGUCUGUCUGUCUGUCUCUGUCUGUCUGUCUCUGUCUGUCUGUCUCUCUGUCUGUCUGUCUCUCUCUGUCUGUCUGUCUCUCUCUGUCUGUCUGUCUCUCUCUGUCUGUCUGUCUCUCUCUCUGUCUGUCUGUCUCUCUCUCUGUCUGUCUGUCUCUCUCUCUGUCUGUCUGUCUCUCUCUCUGUCUGUCUGUCUCUCUCUCUGUCUGUCUCUCUCUGUCUCUCUCUCUGUCUCUCUCUCUGUCACUCUCUCUCCCUCCAGGGAUAUCAAGCCAGACAAUGUCCUGUUAGACAUGAAGGGUCAUAUCCGUCUGGCCGACUUUGGCUCCUGCCUGAAAAUGAUGCAGGACGGCACGGUGAGCAACCCACACACACACACACACACACACACACACACACACACACACAUCACACAUUUUUAUCACCUGUAUAAUAAAGCAUUGCAUGCAUCUAUCAUCUUAUUUGUGGGUCUGGGGAAAAAUGUCAUUUUCUAAAUUAUUUUAUUCUAAAUGAUAUUAUUUUUGAAUACCACACAAAUUACCAAAAUUACAGGCUACACUGACACAGACAUUAGAGUAGCCAUUUGCUUUUCAAACCGUUUUUUCCGGCAAUUGUAUUUUGAAAUAUUACGAAAGGCCUUAUAGCUGCUGCCUGCUGUUCACUGACAGCCACAACUCAACAAUCAGGUGUUUGUUAUUUACCAGGCCUGCUGCCCAAUUGGCUUCUCGACUGUAGGCCUACAUGCAGUCGUGAUGUGAUAAAACACAACCCACUGCAAAAAUAAAUAAAUAAGCUAUUGGUCCUCCAUUAUUCCUGGUCUAUUUCAAUAAUUUAAUGUAUUUAUCUACAGACCGGAGUCAUUAUAUACAUUUUGCAAAUGUAUUUAAAUUGAUCUGCAGCACCUCCAGCACCCCUUCGUGCGGCUAUUUGUUUUCCCCAUGCACAGUGCUCUCCCUAAGGCCAAACAAUCAACACUUCUUGUUAUUAAUUAAAUGGAUUGUGGUCAGUGACCCCAUGGAAUAUGAGGUUAUUGUGUAGGUAGGCUUACUAUUACAAUAAUAUUUGUAAUAAUCUAUCAGCAUGUACAAGUGAAUAAUUUCAAUAACAAGUCAAUUAACAUGUUUCUAGCCUAUAUCUAAUCACUUAUUUGUCCUGUUUAGCCAAUAGUGGUUUUAGCCACAGUGCCUUCAGAAAGUAUUCAUACCCCUUGACUUUUUCCACAUAUUGUUUUUACAGCCUGAAUUUAAAAUGGAUUAUAUUGCGAUUUUGUGUCACUGGCCUACACACAAUACCCCAUAAUGUCAGUGGAAUAGUGUUUUUAGAAUUAUUUAGAAAUAACCCUUUGUUAUGGCAAGCCUAAUAAGUUCAGGAGUAAAAAGUUGCUUAACAAGUCACAUAAGUUUCAUGGACUCACUCUGUGUGUAAUAAUAGUGUUUAACAUGGUUUGUGAAUGACUACCUCAUCUCUGUACCCCACACAUGCAGUUAUCUGUAAGGUCCCUCAGUUGACUAGUGAAUUUCAAACUUAGAUUCAACCACAGACCAGGAGGUUUUCCGUUGCCUCGCAAAGAAGGGCACCUAUUGGUAGAUGGGUCAAAAACAAAAGAGGCAAACAUUAAAUAUCCCUUUGAGCAUGGUGAAGUUAUUAAUUACACUUUGGAUGGUGUAUCAAUACCCAGUUACUACAAUGACAUAGGCGUCCUUCCUAACUCGGUUGCCAGAGAGGAAGGAAACCUCUCAGGGAUUUCACCAUGAGGCCAAUGGUGACUUUAAAACAUUUACAGAGUUUAAUGGCUGUGAUAGGAGAAAAUUGAGGAUGGAUCAACAACAUCGUAGUUACUCCACAAAUGACAGAGUAAAAAGAAGGAAGCUUGUACAGAAUUAAAAUCUUCCAAAAAAAUGCAUCCUGUUUGCAAAAAGGCACUAAAGUAAAACUGCUAAGGACCAUUACAUUUUUACAUUUUAGUCCCCAAAAAAUUCUCCAUACUGGCCCCCUGUGGGAAUCGAACCCACAACCCUGGCGUUGCAAACGCCAUGCUCUACCAACUGUUUUUGGGCCUUCCUCUGACACCGCCUAUAUAUAGGUCCUGGAUGGCAGGAAGCUUGGCCCCAGGUAUGUACUGGGCCGUACGCACUACUCUGUAGCGCCUUAUGGUCGGCUACAGAGCAGUUGCCAUACCAGGCGGUGAUGCAACCAGGCAGGAUGCUCUCGGUGGUGCAGCUGUAGAACUUUUUGACGAUCUGGGGACCCAUGCCAAAUCUUUUCAGUCUCCUGAGGGGGAAAGGUGUUGUAGUGUCGUCCUCUUUGACUUUCUUGGUGUGUUUGGACCAUGGUAGUUUGUUGGUGAUGUGGACACCAAGGAACUUGAAACUCUCGACCCGCUCAACUACAGCCCCAUCGAUGUGAAUGGGGGCGUGUUCGGCUCUCCUUUUCCUAUAGUCCACGAUCAUCUACUUUGUCAUGCUCACGGUGAGGGAGGUUGUUGUCCUGGCACCACACUGCCAGGUCUCUGACCUCCCUAUAGGCUGUCUCAUCGUUGUCGGUGAUCAGGCCUACCACCAUUGUGUCGUCAGCAAACUUAAUGAUGGUGUUGGAGUCGUGCUUGGCCACGCAGUCGUGGGUGAACAGGGAGUACAGGAGGGGACUAAGCACGCACCCCUCAGGCGCCCCCUUGUUGAGGAUCAGUGUGGCGGAUGUGUUGUUGCCUACCCUUACCACCUGGGGGCGGCCCGUCAGGAAGUCCAGGAUCCAGUUGCAGAGGGAGGUGUUUAGUCCCAGGGUCCUUAGCUUAGUGAUGAGCUUUGAGGGCACUAUGGUGUUGAAUGCUGAGCUGUAGUCAAUGAACAGCAUUCUCACAUAGGUGUUCCUUUUGUCCAGGUGGGAAAGGGCAGUGUGGAGUGCGAUUGAGAUUGCGUCAUCUGUGGAUCUGUUGGGGCGGUUUGCGAAUUGGAGUGGGUCUAGGGUUUCUGGGAUGAUGGUGUUGAUGUGAGCCAUGAAUAAUAGGCAAAUGUUGCACAAUCCAGGUAUGGAAAGCUCUUAGAGACUUACCCAGAAAGACUCUCAGCUGUAAUUGCUGCCAAAUGUUAUUCUAACAUGAGAUAUUUCUGUAUUUCAUUUUCAAUACAUUUGCAAAAAUGUCUAAAGAUAUGUUUUCACUUUGUCAUUAUGGGGUAUUGUGUAUAGAUGGGUGAACAAAAUAUUUAAUCAAUUUUUCAUUCAGGUUGUAACACAACAAAAUGUGGAAUCAAGGGGUAUGAGGGCUUUCUGAUGGCACUUUAUAUUGUUAUAGAAACGAUGUAAUGGCUUUUUUCCAGCUAGUUGUUGCACAAACUGCACAAAGUUUCUAUAUUCAUAAGGCUAUUAAGAUAAGAUGUCAAAUGACUUGAAUAGCCUAUGUGAAAGGUGUACACAUUUGUGGUUGUAUCAGUAUGUAUCUGAAAUGCAUCAGAAAGGUAUUGGAUAGUUUGGGGUAAACAUCAGGGAAGCUCAUUAGGUAGGCCUAACAAUUGUUUGUGUGUAGAGAAGAUCUGCAUUGCUUUCAAUUGUGGUUUUGUCACAGUCCCUUGUAACGUCUCCUACGUGGCCGGGGAGCAUUGCAGAGGGAAACAAAACCAAAAAAAGUGCGUGUUCAUGAGUCUUACCUUUCAGAAAUGGGAUCACAAUAGCUAGGUAGAUCCUACCGUUCAAAGAUUAGAGCCACGUUUGUAGGACGAAAACAGAGACCGCUAAUGUAGCGGACGUGGCACCCCUCUACUGUAAGUUGAAAAGGAGAAAGAAAGUAGACGACGUGAUAUUGCCGAGUGCCCUUCAGAAUUCAGCUGGUGUUAAAUGGAAAAGAAGGGAUGCAAUCCCAAAUGGCACCCUGUUCACUUCAGUGCACUACUUUUCUAUUUUUGACCAGGGCGCAUAGGGCUCCGGUCAAAAGUAGUGCACUGUAUAGAAAAUAGGGUGCCAUUUGCGAUGCAGUCAAGGGCUCUCCUAGAUCCUAAUGGUUUUUAUAGUAUGGCGUAAAGGAAUUAAUAGAGGGGUCACACUGUUUUAUUGAAUAACUUUACGGCCCCACUCAUUUUCUGCUCUCUCAUGCUAAGUUUUGGUUUAAUUUUUUGCUCCCGAUUUUUCGUCGCUCGGUGAUUCUACCACAGAGCCCCUUGUACUACUCAGGUGUUUGUGUGAAAGAAAAUGACUUUUCGUCUGAGGUUUAGUGAAAGGGGUCUGAAAGUGAUGUCAAAUGUGUAGCCCAACUUUUAGAAUUUGAUGAAGUGAUUGAAUGCCUAAGGGGAGUAAAGCAAGAUUCACUAUAUCCCUCAUCUCCAGACCUGGGUUCAAAUACUAUUUGAAAUACUUUAUCUGUGCUUGAUUGAGCUUGCCUGGCUUAAUGGACCAAUAGAAUAGUCUCAAAACUGCAAACCCCGCCCAUCUGACACUGUAUACAGGCUAGAGCAAAGGCUCAAAGUAUUUGAAUCCAGGUCAAAGCAAAACUCAAUCUGUUUUUAAUAAGUUAAUACUCUUAUUCUGAAAACACCUUAUGCCACAGUUAUUAUUGUUCUGUGUAUUCCUCGUGUUAUUAUUUUCAAAAAAAUAAAUCUAUUUUUUUUCUACUAUUUCAAUUUGUUCCCUCUCUGCAUUGUUGGGAAGGGACCGUCAGUAACUGUUAGUCUACACCUGUUGUUUACCAAGCAUGUGACAAUAUAAUUUGAUUGGAGUUGGGCUUUUUUACAUGGACAAUGUAAAAUAACGUUUCUCUGAGUUCACUUUACUCUGACUUUUUGUUCCAACCUCACUCUUCCCCCUCUUUCCUCUUCCAGGUCCAGUCGUCUGUGGCUGUAGGCACUCCGGACUACAUUUCCCCUGAGAUCCUGCAGGCCAUGGAGGACGGCAUGGGGAAGUACGGUCCAGAGUGUGACUGGUGGUCCCUGGGCGUCUGUAUGUACGAGAUGCUCUACGGGGAGACACCCUUCUAUGCCGAGUCACUGGUGGAGACCUACGGCAAGAUCAUGAACCACGAGGUAAACCUGAGGAAACUGGCGGCCAAGUUUUAGGUUGUGGCGACAACAUGGUGAGGGGAAAGUGGAGUCUUUAAAAGUCUACCAUUUUUAAAAUUAGCGUCCAUUCAUGAAAACAGUAGUCAUCAAGGAAAGGAAACAAGGAUAGGAUGUCUUGGAAGAGAGAGCCACUAGCCACAGGUAUGGGUAGUGAAAUCUGAUCUUAGGUCCUGGUGUAGGGGCAAGCAUGUAGCGUAUCUCUGAGGCAGAACAAAGCCAGGGGGUCCUUAGUGCCUAGCUUGCAUCAAUGUAGAUGUAGGGGAUUUAGCAUCAGCAUCCAAACUGCCUUGGUAACAAGCAAGUCGUUGCUAAUAUAUUCUAUUAUGCAUUCCAAAAUAAGAAAUGCUCCGCAAACUGAAAACAAUCUUCAGACUCAAAAGAACUAGAAGAGCUAGCCUAUACCAAAUCUAUGGGCCAGCAAUGAGUGCUACAUAUUCCAAACAUUUUAAUAAUUAAUGAUUUUGUAUAAUGAUUUAUUGAUUGUUUGCUUUCAAAUGUACAGUAUUUCACAGUUAAGUAUAUGCUACACUUAUUAAAUAUAACAAACCUUUGGAUUAUUAAUCGGUUUAAAUAGUUGAUCAUGUUUACUGGAUUGUUUACUUCAAGAUACACUCCAUGACCAAAAGUACGUGGACACCUGCUCGUCGAACAUCUCAUUCCAAGAUUAUGGGCAUUAAUAUGGAGUUGGUCCCCCAUUUACUGCUAUAACAGCAUCCACUCUUCUGGGAAGGCUUUCCACUAGAUGUUGGAACAUUGCUGCGGGGUCUUGCUUCCAUUCAGCCACCAGAGCAUUCGUGAGGUUGGGCACUGAUGUUGGGCGAUAAGGCCUUGCUCGCAGUCUGUGUUCCAAUUCAUCCCGGAGGUGUUUGAUGGAGUUGAGGUCAGGAUUCUGUGCAUGGCAGUCAAGUUCUUCCACACCGAUCUCGACAAACUAUUUCUGUAUGGACCUCGCUUUGUGCAUGGGGGCAUUGUCAUGCUGAAACAGGAAAGGGCCUUCCCCAAACGGUUGCCACAAAGUUUGAAGCACAGAAUCGUCUAGAAUAUCAUUGUAUGCUGUAGCAUUAAGAUUUCCCUUCACUGAAACUAAGCGGCCUAGCUCGAACCAUGAAAAACAGCCCCAGACCAUUAUUCCUCCUCCACCAAACUUUAGGGCAGAUAGCGUUCUCCUGGCAUCUGCCAAACCCAGAUUCGUCCAUCUGACUGCCAGAUGGUGAAGUGUAAUUCAUCACUCUAGAGAACGUUUCCACUGCGCCAGAGUCCAAUGGCGGCUGGCUUUACACCGACGUUUGGAAUUGUGUAUGGUGAUCUUGUGCUUGCGUGCGGCUGUUCGGCCAUUUCAUGAAACCCAUUUCAUGAAGCUCCCGAUCAAAAGUUAUUGUGCUGACGUUGCUUCCAGAGGCAGUUUGGAACUCGGCAGUGAGUGUUACAACCGAGGACAGACUAUUUUUACGCAAUACGCGGUUCAGUACUUGGCGGUCCUGUUCUGUGAGCUUGUGUGGUCUACCACUUCGCACCUGAGCCAUUGUUGCUCCUAGAUGUUUUCACCUCACAAUAACAGCACUUGCAGUUGACCGGGGCACCUGUAGCAGGGCAAAAAUUUGACGAACUGACUUGUUGGAAAGGUGGCAUGACGGUGCCACGUUGAAAGUCACUGAGCUCUUCAGUAAGACCAUUCUACUGUCAAUGUUUGUCUAUGGAGAUUGCAUGGCUGUGUGCUCAAUUUUAUACACCUGUCAGCAACGGGUGUGGCUGAAAUAGCCAAAUCGGCUAAUUUGAAGGGGUGUCCACAUACUUUUGUAUAUGUAGUGUAUAUGUCACUGUAAGUCUGUUGAUUUGAUGCCCUUCAGUCAAAUAAAAUAAAAUUGUAUUUGUCACAUGCGACGAAUACAACGCGUGUAGACUUGUGUUGCCUGUUCCAAAUGUUUGUGAUUGUUUGAUAGUGUAGGUACUGGUGUGUGUUAUUAACAAGUUGGCCACUUACACAGUGUGAUUAUUUCCUGAAGCUAUCCAGGUUAAUGCCCCCCUCAAGGGCCCAGUUCCUGAAACACUAGCCUACUUUCUAGCAGCUAUUUUCAUCAAAGUCUCUGUCACUAUCUAAACUGGAGCUUGUUAUGCAUUAUCUAACACGGUCUCCCUGUCUCUGGUUCUGUCUCAUUCUCAGCUAUCCCUUGUUCUGUGCUCUUUUACCCCCCCCCCCCUUCUCUCUGUCAAACCCCCGUCUCGGUCUCUCAAAUCCCCGUCUCGGUCUCUCAAAUCCCCGUCUCGGUCUCUCAAAUCCCCGUCUCGGUCUCUCAAAUCCCCGUCUCGGUCUCUUAAAUCCCCGUCUCGGUCUCUCAAACCCCAGUCUCGGUCUCUCAAACCCCCGUCUCGGUCUCUCAAACCCCCGUCUCGGUCUCUCAAACCCCCGUCUCUCUCUCUCUCUCCACCCCCGUCUCUCUCUCUCUCUCCACCCCCGUCUUUCUCUCUCUCCACCCCCGUCUUUCUCUCUCUCUCCACCCCCGUCUUUCUCUCUCUCUCCACCCCGUCUCUCUCUCUCCACCCCGUUCUCUCCUCUCCUCUCUCCACCCCCGUUCUCUCCUCUCUCUCACCCCGUCUCUCUCUCUCUCCACCCGCUCUCCUCUCACCCGUCUCUCUCUCUCUCCACCCCCGUCUGCUCUCUCCUCUCUCCUCCACCCCCGUCUCUCUCUCUCUCACCCCCGUCUCUCUCUCUCUCCCCCCCCGUCUCUCCUCUCUCUUCCUCCCCCCGUCUCUCUCUCUCUCCGCUCUCCUCCACCCCCGUCUCUCUGCUCUCUCCACCCCCGCUUCUCCCCCGCUCUCUCUCCACCCUCCGUCCCCCUCCCGCUCCCUCUCCACCCCCGUCUCUCGUCUCUCUCCCCCCCCGUCUCUCGCUCUCUCCACCCCCGUCUCGCUCUCUCCACCCCCGUCUUCGCUCCUCCCCCGUCUCCUCUCCACCCCCGUCUCCUCCUCUCUCUCCACCCCGUCUCCCUCUCUCUCUCUCCACCCCCUUCUCGCUUCUCUCUCUCUCCCCCCCCCUCUCCUCUCUCUCUCCACCCCCGUCUCACGCUCUCUCUACCCCCGUCUCUCGCUCUCUCUCUCUCUCUCUCUCUCUCCACCUGAUUAUUUAGCUGGUGUGUGUGUUGGGGAGGAAAUGUGAUGUUUAAUGUUUGUGUAAUGUAUGCUAAUGACCCAAUGAAGAAGCUUUUAAAUUCACAUUCUCAUCCUCCUCUUCCUCUCCUCCCUCCCUCUCUCCCCCACUCUCUCACAGGAGCGUUUCCAGUUCCCCUCAAACAUCUGCGAUGUGUCGGAGGACGCCAAGGACCUGAUCUCGCGCCUAAUCUGCGGCCGCGAGCGUCGCCUGGGCCAGAAUGGCAUCGGCGACUUCAAGGACCAUCCCUUCUUCGCCGGCAUCGACUGGGAACACAUCCGCUCCACUGAGGCGCCCUACAUCCCCGACGUCAGCUCCCCAUCUGACACCUCCAACUUUGAUGUGGACGACGAUAUUCUUAAAAACCCGGUGGGUGGAUUGGGGAAAACAAGCUAGCUAGCUAAUGUUAACUGGACUUGAGUUAGCUUGUUAACAUUAAUUGGAAACGAGCUAGCUCGCUAACGCUAACUGGAAACGAGCUAGCUAGCAAACACUAAUUAGAAACCGAUCAGCUAGAUAGCUAUCUAGAAACUAGCUAGCUUGCCAACACUACCUGGAAACCAGCUAGCAAAUGCUGACUAUUCAACUUCCAGCCAUCGAGAAUCAAAAUACUGCUGUUUUUAUUUUUUGAAGAGCCCAGAGCUAACUGGUGUUUACAGUUGUAAAAAUUUUUACUUGGCUGUUCUCUUGGUCUGUUUAGCUGUUUGACUCUAACCAAUCUGACUCUCUCUCUCUCUCUCUCUCUCUCUCUCUCUCUCUCUCUCUCUCUCUCUCUCUCUCUCUCUCUCUCUGUCUCUCUGUCUCUCUGUCUGUCUCUGUGUCUCUCUCUCUCUCACCCUCUCUCUGUCUGUGUGUCUCUCACCCAACAGGACAUUGCUCCUCCAGUCACACACAGCGGCUUCACCGGACAGCACCUGCCCUUUGUAGGCUUCACCUACACCACGGACAGCUGCUUCUCGGACCGCGGUAGCGUCAACAGGGCUGGCCUGUCCGAUGGGAGCUCCCAGGAGGGGGGCGGAGGAGAGGGGGUUCCACCGGACCAGGAGGGGGGGCUGGAGGUGGAGGCCUUCGAGAGGAGGAUCCGUCGGCUGGAGCAGGAGAAGCAGGAGCUGAACCGCAAGCUGCAGGGUGAGCUAGGGGGCGGUAGAGCACAAAGGGAGACACACAGAAACACCCUGUAUGACCCUGAGCGUAAAUGUGGACAUGACCUCUGACCCUUAACCUGUGUGUUGCCCCUCCAGAGUCCACCCAAGCGGUGCAGUCUCUCCACGGGCCGGGCCGCGGGGCCAGCACCCUGGGCCGAGACAAGGAGAUGAAGAAGCUCAACGAGGAGAUCGACCGGCUCAAGAAGAAACUGGCAGGUCAGUGCUCUCUGUGCAACCCAAUCUGACAACGCAAAGCUCAUCUGGCAACCCAACACUGUCUGGGCAUUUAAACCAGGCCUGGGUCGUACACACAGGUCAAAUACUGUCUGUGCAUUUAAACCAGGCCUGAGUCAAACACACAGAUAAUUUAAACCAGGCCUGAGUCGGACACACAGAUCAUUUAAACCAGGCCUGAGUCAAACACACAGAUCAUUUAAACCAGGCCUGAGUCGGACACACAGAUCAUUUAAACCAGGCCUGAGUCGGACACACAGAUCAUUUAAACCAGGCCUGAGUCGGACACACAGAUCAUUUAAACCAGGCCUGAGUCAAACACACAGAUCAUUUAAACCAGGCCUGGGUCGAACACAUAGUUUGUACUUUUGGGUCUGUUCUAGCGCAGCACAAGUACAUAUCACCGUCCCGCUAACCAGGAAGUCCCUCCCUUUCUCAGACUCUGAUAGGCUGGAGCACCAGCUGGAGGAGGCGGUGACACUGCGGCAGGACUACGAGAGCUCCUCCUCCAAGCUGAAGGCCCUGGACAAGCAGGUCAAAGCCCUGAGACAGGAGAAGGAGGAGAUCCACAAGGUAACACUCCCUCUCCCCCCUCCCCCUACUCCAGGAUUGUACUAAUUAGUGCACAUCGUAGGAAAAUGAAAACAAGCGUUUGUUAUUGGAGAAGUUCUGGCAGUCCUUUACUGUUUCGGUGUGCUUCCUUCUGUUUGUUGUCCAGUGAAUACGACUCAGGGGUGUAUUCAGUCAGGUGAAUGCAUUAACUAGAGCUGACAUGAUUCACAGGGCACACUGUAGUUCUCAAGGACCAAUGUUGUUCACAGUUGCCUAUUCGCUGCAAAGAGGACGUCUCUCUGUGUUAAGUCUCAUUUUAUCUGACGUGAAAACAGAACACCCACCCACCCACCCACCCUAACCUAAUAUCCUCAGAUCAUUAGAUUGCCACGGUGUGUAAACACUGGGAGCUUUUUCUUCCGAUUAAAUUCCGUCAUGUCAUGGGUUAGCUGGAGUCAGUAUUCUGGACAGACGCACCACAUUUUUGUCUAAUUCCAUUAGCAAAACUAUUUGACCCCAUCUUCUUCCCUUACCCUGGGGUAGUGUUUGUGUCUAGUUUACUAUACUAGCCUUUGCCUGCUUAUAGUUGGUUCAAAUCUCAUGACGCAUACCAUAUGAUGUCAUCAGAAAUACUGGUACCUUUUUUACUUCACAACAUAGGGCUUGUUUGACUGAUAUGCAAAUCACCUUGCAUCAUAAACAACAACUCUUUAUUACUUGUAGAGCAGUCAGUCAGUCACCAUUUACCCACAAUGCAUCAAGGAUUUGAUGCUCUCGGACACGGCCAUAGAAACUCACAAUUUUCACAUGUUGGGGUGGUGCUGGAGAAAAUGUAUUUCAUGUUGAAAUAGGUAGGAUUUCCUUUUUUAGUUUUUUUUUUUAUGUGUGAUACAAUAGGUUGUGGCUAAUUCUCUGUGUACUUUUAUAGUGGAAGUCAAGUUUAUAAUUGGUGGUUCACUGAUUGGUGGUUCACUGAUUGGUGGUUCACUGAUUGGUGGUUCACUGAUUGGUGGUUCACUGAUUGGUGGUUCACUGAUUGGUGGUUCACUGAUUGUUUUCUUUUCUUUCUCUCCUCAUUCCUCCCUCCUCCCCUCCUCUCUUUCUGUCACUCUUGCUGUCCUCCUUUCUCUCACACACGUUCUCUCUCCCUUUCAUUUUCAUCUCCACGCCUGUCAUUCUGUCUGGCUCUUUCCCUCUCCCCAUCUAUCGUGCCUCCUCUGCUCUCUUUUAUUUUGCUGCUCUCUCUCUCCCUCCCUCACCCUUCCUCCCUCCCUCCCUCACCCUCCCUCCUUUCUCUCUCCCAACUCUUUUUUUCUCUCUCUCUCCAUUACGCCAUCUCGCUUGCCCCCCCCCCCUCUCUCUCCCACCACCUCUCUCUCCUUCCCCCCCCCCCCUCCCUCUCUCUCCCCACCUCCCUCUCCUUCCCUCCCCCAACAGCAACUGGUGGAGUCCCUGGAGCGCCUCAAGUCCCAGACCAAGGAGCUGAAGGAGGCCCACAGCCAGCGGAAACUGGCCCUGCAGGAGUUCUCUGAGCUGAGCGAGCGCAUGGCCGAGCUGCGCUCCACCAAGCAACGCCUCUCACGCCAGCUCCGCGACAAGGAGGAGGAGAUGGACGCUGCUGUGCAGAAGGUCGACGCCAUGCGCCAGGACAUCCGCAAGACCGAGAAGGCCCGCAAGGAGGUGAGUUGUAAAAGUUGACUAGCAGAGCGUAGCGUUUAGCUUUCUGUGAUGAGGGCAUAUGUGUAUUAUUAUGUGUGUGUGUGUGUGUGCCUGCCUGUAUGUCUAUGUACAGUGAGGGGAAAAAAGUAUUUGAUUCCCUGCUGAUUUUGUACGUUUGCCCACUGACAAAGAAAUGAUCAGUCUAUAAUUUUAAUGGUAGGUUUAUUUGAACAGUGAGAGACAGAAUAACAACAAAAAAAUCCAGAAAAAGCAUGUAGAAAAUGUUAUAAAUUGAUUUGCAUUUUAAUGAGGGAAAUAAGUAUUUGACCCCCUCUCAAUCAGAAAGAUUUCUGGCUCCCAGGUGUCUUUUUAUACAGGUAUCGAGCUGAGAUUAGGAGCACACUCUUAAAGGGAGUGCUCCUAAUCUCAGCUUGUUACCUGUAUAAAAGACACCAAUCCACAGAAGCAAUCAAUCAAUCAGAUUCCAAACUCUCCACCAUGGCCAAGACCAAAGAGCUCUCCAAGGAUGUCAGGGACAAGAUUGUAGACCUACACAAGGCUGGAAUGGGCUACAAGACCAUCGCCAAGCAGCUUGGUGAGAAGGUGACAACAGUUGGUGUGAUUAAUCGCAAAUGGAAGAAACAUAAAAUAACUGUCAAUCUCCCUCGGCCUGGGGCUCCAUGCAAGAUCUCACCUCGUGGAGUUGCAAUGAUCAUGAGAACGGUGAGGAAUCAGCCCAGAACUACACGGGAGGAUCUUGUCAAUGAUCUCAAGGCAGCUGUGACCAUAGUCACCAAGAAAACAAUUGGUAACACACUACGCCGUGAAGGACUGAAAUCCUGCAGCGCCCACAAGGUCCCCCUGCUCAAGAAAGCACAUAUACAGGCCCGUCUGAAGUUUGCCAAUGAACAUCUGAAUGAUUCAGAGGAGAACUAGGUGAAAGUGUUGUGGUCAGAUGAGACCAAAAUGGAGCUCUUUGGCAUCAACUCAACUCGCCGUUUUUGGAGGAGGAGGAAUGCUGCCUAUGACCCCAAGAACACCAUCCCCACCGUCAAACAUGGAGGUGGAAACAUUAUGCUUUGGGGGUGUUUUUCUGCUAAGGGGACAGGACAACGUCACCGCAUCAAAGGGACGAUGGACGGGGCCAUGUACCGUCAAAUCUUGGUUGAGAACCUCCUUCCCUCAGCCAGGGCAUUGAAAAUGGGUCAUGGAUGGGUAUUCCAGCAUGACAUUUAUGACAAUGACCCAAAACACACGGCCAAGGCAACAAAGGAGUGGCUCAAGAAGAAGCACAUUAAGGUCCUGGAGUGGCCUAGCCAGUCUCCAGACCUUAAUCCCAUAGAAAAUCUGUGGAGGGAGCUGAAGGUUUGAGUUGCCAAACGUCAGCCUCGAAACCUUAAUGACUUGGAGAAGAUCUGCAAAGAGGAGUGGGACAAAAUCCCUCCUGAGAUGUGUGCAAACCUGGUGGCCAGCUACAAGAAACGUCUGACCUCUGUGAUUGCCAACAAGGGUUUUGCCACCAAGUACUAAGUCAUGUUUUGCAGAGGGGUCAAAUACUUAUUUCCCUCAUUAAAAUGCAAAUGAAUUUAUAACAUUUUUGACAUGCAUUUUUCUGGAUUUUUCUGUCUCUCACUGUUCAAAUAAACCUACCAUUAAAAUUAUAGACUGAUCAUGUCUUGGUCAGUGGGCAAACGUACAAAAUCAGCAGGGGAUCAAAUACUUUUCUCCAUCACUGUAUGUCUAUGUAUUGUUGAAGUCGGAAGUUUACAUACACUUAGGUUGGAGUCAUUAAAACUCAUUUUUCAGCCACUCCACAAAUGUCUUGUUAACAAACUAUAGUUUUGGCAAGUCAGUUAGGACAUCUACUUUGUGCAUGACACAAAUAAUAAUUGUUUACAGACAGAUUAUUUAACUUAUAAUUCACUUUAUCACAAUUCCAGUGGGUCAGAAGUUUACAUGCACUAAGUUGACUUUAAACAGCUUGGAAAAUUCCAGAAAAUUAUGUCAUGGCUUUAGAAGCUUCUGAUAGGCUAAUUGACAUCAUUUGAGAAAUUGGAGGUGUACCUGUGGAUGUAUUUCAAGGCCUACCUUCAAACUCAGUGCCUCUUUGCUUGACAUCAUGGGAAAAUCAAAAGAAAUCAGCCAAGACCUCAGAAAACAAAUUCUGGUUCAUCCUUGGGCGCAGUUUCCAAUAUGUAUGAAUACCAGUUUCCAUUAAGUAUGAAUACCAUGGAACCACGCGGCCGUCAUACUGCUCAGGAAGGAGACGCGUUCUGUCUCCUAGAGAUGAACGUACUUUGGUGUGAAAAGUGCAAAUCAAUCCCAGAACAACAGCAAUUGACCUUGUGAAGAUGCUGGAGGAAACGGAUACAAAGGUAUCUAUAUCCACAGUAAAACGAAUCCUAUAUUGACAUAACCUGAAAGGCCGCGCAGCAAGGAAGAAGCCACUGCUCCAAAACUGCCAUAAAAAAGCCAGACUACGGUUUGCACCUGCACAUGGGGACAAAGAUAGUACUUUUUGGGGAAAUGUCCUCUGGUCUGAUUAAACAAAAAUAGAACUGUUUGGCCAUAAUGACCAUCGUUAUGUUUGGAGGAAAAAGGGGGACGCUUGCAAGCCGAAGAACACCAUCCCAACCGUGAAGCACGGGGGUGGCAGCAUCAUGCUGUGAGGGUGCUUUGCUGCAGGAGGGACUGGUGCACUUCACAAAAUAGAUUGCAUCACGAGGAAGGAAAAUGAUGUGGAUAUAUUGAAGCAACAUCUCAAGACAUCAGUUAGGAAGUUAAAGCUUGGUCGCAAAUGGGUCUUCCAAAUGGACAAUGACCCCAAGCAUACUUCCAAAGUUGUGGCAAAAUGGCUUAAGGACAACAAAGUCAAGGUAUUGGAGUGGCCAUCACAAAGCCCUGACCUCAAUCCUAUAGAAAAUGUGUGGGCAGAACUGAAAAAGCGUGUACGAGCAAGGAGGCCUACAAACCUGACUCAGUUACACCAGCUCUGUCAGGAGGAAUGGGCCAAAAUUCACCCAAUUUAUUGUGGGAAGCUUGUGGAAGGCUACCCGACGCGUUUGACCCAAGUUAAACAAUUUAAAGGCAAUGCUACCAAAUACUAAUUGAGUGUAUGUAAACUUCUGACCCACUGGGAAUGUGAUGAAAGAAAUAAAAGCUGAAAUAAAUCAUUCUCUCUACUAUUAUUCUGAAAUGUCACAUUCUUAAAAUAAAGUGGUGAUCCUAACUGACCUAAGACAGGGAAUUCUUACUAGGAUUAAAUGUCAGGAAUUGUGAAAAACAGAGUUUAAAUGUAUUUUGCUAAGGUGUAUGUAAACUUCCGUCUUCAACUGUAUGUACAACAAUACCAGACUUUCAACCUCAACACACAACCAGUUCUGGUGCCACGGCUUCUCCUGUCAUUCAGAAAGCACAAAACAACCACUCUUUAUCAUCGGCUUGUUAUCUAUUCAUUCAUUUCUCAAUCUGAAUGCCAGUAUUCCCUUGAGGGCCUCGCCUGUCUUGUGCUGUCUGCAUUGGCGACAGAGGAAUGCGCUGCUUGGGGUGUCCUCAACAGCUCCCCUUAGGGGCGAGGAAACACAACACACACAGCCAAAACAAGCCAGGGCUGCAUCUCAGUAGUCUAAAAGUAGUGUCCUUUCCUCCACCUGCACUGACAUUGGAGAACUAGGCAGUUGAACACAAAUUCCUAGUAGGCGUUCUCCAUAUUGUCUUUACCUAGCCCUAGUGUUCAGAUUAGUGCAAAUGAGGGAGAGGAGACAAGCAAUGGAGGCCACUUUAGACUAUUGAGAUGCACCCUAGGCCUACAACCCCACACCCUCCUCUAUCCUUCCCCAGAGCUAAGCGCUAACAGGGUCCAGAUGGUUGUUGGUGACCCCAGCUAAAGUGCAUGGGGCCAGGGGUGGGGACUUUUGUAAAGGAAAAGAGAGGGGGUCAAUGGUGGCAGGGUGAUAAGCCUAUGUCAUCUCCUCACCACCCCCCAACACUGUUAAUUCAUAUACGCAAUACUGGAACGCAUAAUGGCAGUACACACAUUGACACAAUACAUGCUCAUGAAUGUUUGUGUUUGAGAGAGAGAACGUGUUAUAUGUAUGGGUCAAUCUAUUCUGGUAAAGGGAUAGGAAACUGUAGUGUGUGUGAUGUUAACCUCUGCUUUGUGUCCACGUGUUUGUGUGUUAGUUGGAGGCCCAGUUGGAGGAUGCCAAGGCGGAGGCGUCUAAGGAGCGAAAGCUGCGCGACCACAGCGAGGUCUAUUCUAAACAGCUGGAGAUGGAGCUUGAGACCCUCAAGGUCAGAGGUCACACACACACACACAAACACACUACUUUCCUACUCAUCUUCCAGUUCUCUCUCCUCUCCCCUCUCCAUCGUCCUCUACCUGUCUCCUCUCCCCUCUGUAUCCUCCUCUACCUCUCUCCAUCCUCUCCUCUCUCCAUCCUCCUCUCUUCUCUCCUUUCUCCAUCUUCUUCUCUCCUUUCUCCAUCUUCCACUCUUCUCUCCACCCUCCUCUCUCCUCUCCCAUCUUCCUCUCUUCUCUCCGCUCAUCCUCCUCUCUUCUCUCCACCCUCCUCAUUCACCUUUCUAAUCUUCAUCCUCCUCUUUCCUCUCUCCACCCUCCUCUACUAGUAUAUCUCCACCCUCCUCUACUAGUAUAUCUCCACCCUCCUCUACUAGUAUAUCUCCUCCUCCUCUACUAGUAUAUCUCCUCCUCCUCUACUAGUAUAUCUCCUCCUCUACUAGUAUAUCUCCUCCUCCUCUACUAGUAUAUCUCCUCCUCUACUAGUAUAUCUCCUCCUCCUCCUCUACUAGUAUAUCUCCUCCUCCUCUACUAGUAUAUCUCCUCCUCCUCUACUAGUAUAUCUCCUCCUCCUCUACUAGUAUAUCUCCUCCUCCUCUACUAGUAUAUAUCCACCCUCCUCUACUAGUAUAUCUCCUCCUCCUCUACUAGUAUAUAUCCACCCUCCUCUACUAGUAUAUAUCCACCCUCCUCUACUAGUAUAUCUCCACCCUCCUCUACUAGUAUAUCUCCUCCUCCUCUACUAGUAUAUCUCCACCCUCCUCUACUAGUAUAUCUCCUCCUCCUCUACUAGUAUAUCUCCACCCUCCUCUACUAGUAUAUCUCCACCCUCCUCUACUAGUAUAUCCACCCUCCUCUACUAGUAUAUCCACCCUCCUCUACUAGUAUAUCUCCCCUCCUCUACUAGUAUAUAUCCUCCUCCUCUACUAGUAUAUCUCCUCCUCCUCUACUAGUAUAUCUCCACCCUCCUCUACUAGUAUAUCUCCCCCUCCUCUACUAGUAUAUCUCCCCCUCCUCUACUAGUAUAUCUCCACCCUCCUCUACUAGUAUAUCUCCACCCUCCUCUACUAGUAUAUCUCCCCAUUCCUUUCUCCACCCUCCUCUACUAGUAUAUCUCCUCCUCCUCUACUAGUAUAUCUCCCCCACCCUCCCUCUACUAGUAUAUCUCCUCCUCCUCUACUUAGUUAUCCUCCUCCUCUACAUAACCCUUCCCAAAUUCCUCUCUCCACAUUCCCACCCUCCUACUAGUAUAUCUCCACCCCUCUCUAGUUAGUAUCUCCUAUCUCCUCCCUCCUCUACUAGUAUAUCUCCUCCUCCUCUACUAGUAUAUCUCCUUCUCCUCCCUCCUCUACUAGUAUAUCUCCCACCCUCCUCUACUAGUAUAUCUCCACCCUCCUCUACUAGUAUAUCUCCACCCUCCUCUACUAGUAUAUCUCCACCCUCCUCUAUUAUAUCUCUCUCUCACAACCCCCCUCCUACUAGUAUAUCUCCUCCUCCUCUACUAGUAUAUCUCCACCCUCCUCUACUAGUAUAUCUCCUCCUCCUCUACUAGUAUAUCUCCCCUCCUCUACUAGUAUAUCUCCUCCUCCUCUACUAGUAUAUCUCCACCCCACUUCUCCACCCUCUCUACAGUAUAUCUCCUCCUGCCUCUACUAGUAUAUCUCCACCCUCCUCACUCAUUCUCCCCCUCCUCUACUAGUAUAUCUCCACCCUCCUCUAUUAGUAUAUCUCCUCCUCCUCUACUAGUAUAUCUCCCUCCACUCCUCCUCUACUAGUAUAUCUCCUCCUCCUCUACUAGUAUAUCUCCACCCUCUCUACUCCCACGCCUCAUAUCUCCACCCUCCUCUACUAGUAUAUCUCCACCCUCCUCUACUAGUAUAUCUCCCCCACAUCCCCCUCCCCAUAUCCUCCCACCCUCCUCUACUAGUAUAUCUCCACCCUCUACUAGUAUAAUCUCCCCCUCCUCUACUAGUAUAUCUCCUCUUUCCUCUCUACUAGUAAUACCCACCCUCCUCUACUAGUUAUCUCCCUCCUCCUCUACUAGUAUAUCUCUCACCCUCCUCUACUAUAUAUUCUCCUCCCCCUCCUCUACUAGUAUAUCUCCACCCUCCUCUACUAUAUAUCUCCCCUCCUCUACUAGUUAAUCUCCAUCCUCCUCUCUACUAGUAUAUCUCCACCUCCUCUACAGUAUAUCUCCACCCUCCUCUACUAGUAAUAAUCUCCUCCUGCUCUACUAGUAUAUCUCCACCCUCCUCUACUAGUAUAUCUCCUCCUCCUCUACUAUAAUCCUCCACCCUCCUCUACUAGUAUAUCUCCUCCUCCUCUACUAGUAUAUCUCCACCCUCCCUCUACUAGUAUAUCUCCACCCCUCCUCUACUAGUAUAAUCUCCACCCUCCUCUACUAGUAUAUCUCCCCCUCCCUCUACUAGUAUAAUCUCCACCCUCCUCUACUAUAUAAUCUCCUCUCCUCCUCCUCUACUAGUAUAUCUCCACCCUCCUCUACUAGUAUAUCUCCUCCUCCUCUACUAGUAUAUCCUCCUCCACCCCUCCUCUACUAGUAUAUCUCCUCCUCCUCUACUAGUAUAUCCUCCUCCUCCUCUACUAGUAUAUUCCUCUCCUCCUAUAUUCUCCUCUCCUACUAGUAAUAUUCCACCCUCCUCUACUAUAUAUAUCUCCACCCUCCUCUACUAGUAUAUCUCACUCCUCCUCUAUAGUAUAUCCAUCCCUCCUCUACUAGUAUAAUCACCUCCUCCUUCUCCCUCCUCUAUAGUAUAUCCACCCUCCUCUACUAGUAUAUCUCCUCUCUCCUCUACUAGUAUAUCUCCUCCUCCUCUACUAGUAUAUUCUCAUCCUCCUCUACUAGUAUAUCUCUCCCUCUACCCUCCCUCUACUAGUAUAUAUCCACCCUCCUCUACUAGUAUAUCUCCUCCUCCUCUACUAGUAUAUUCCACCCUCCUCUACUAGUAUAUCUCCUCCUCCUCUACUAGUAUAUCUCCCCCUCCUCUACUAUAGUAUAUCCCCCUCCUCUACUAGUAUAUCUCUUCCUUCUCUCCUCUACUAGUAUAUUCCACCCUCCUCUACUAGUAUAUCUCCACCCUCCUCUACUAGUAUAUCUCCACCCUCCUCUACUGAUACUACCCUCCCAUUCCUUCCACCCUCCUCUACUAAUUAUCUCCCUCCUCCUCUACUAGUAUAUCUCCACCCUCCUCUACUUAGUAUAUAUCCUCCUCCUCUACUAGUAUAUAUCCACCCUCCUCUACUAGUAUAUCUCCUCCUCCUCUACUAGUAUAUCCACUCCUCCUCUACUAGUAAUAUCUCCUCCUCCUCCUCUACUAGUAUAUCUCCUCCUCCUCUACUAGUAUAUUCUCCCCCCUCCUCUACUAGUAUAUCUCCUCCCUCCUCUACUAGUAUAUCUCCUCCUCCUCUACUAGUAUAUAUCCACCCUCCUCUACUAGUAUAUCUCCUCCUCCUCUACUAGUAUAAUUCCACCCAUCCUCUACUAGUAUCAGUCCCGCCCUACAUAGUAUAUCUCCACCCUCUCUAUUAGUAUAUUCCUAUCCUCUACUAGUAACUCUUCUCACUAGUUCUCCUCCUCCUCUACUAGGUACAUCUCCAACCCUCUCUACUAGUAUUCUCCAACCCUCCUUCUACUAGUAUAUAAUUUCCAUCUCUCUACUAGUAUAUAUACUCAACCGACUCUAAUUUUGGUACAACCUUUCAUCCUCUACAGUAAUCUCAUCUCUCUACGUAGGAUCUUGCCAUCCUCCUCUACAGUGAUUUUCCCACUCCUCCCUACAGUACCCUCUCUCCACUCAGUUCGUAGUCAUCCUCCUCCCUCCUACUAGUAUUUCAUUUUCGUCUGAGCCCUGCCUAUAGAUACUCCAACCUGAUCCUCUCUUACGUAGUCUCCACUCCUUUCCUGCUAUAGUUUUCUCUUUCUCGAACAUCCCUAGGCACGACCCAUCUUCAAUGCUCUUACUGAGGGAAGGAGGUUGUUGGCCAAGAUCUCGCGAUACAUGGCCCCAUCCAUCCUCCCCUCAAUACGGGGCAGUCGUCCUGUCCCCUUUGCAGAAAAGCAUCCCCAAAGAAUGAUGUUUCUACCUCCAUGCUUCACGGUUGGGAUGGUGUUCUUGGGGUUGUACUCAUCCUUCUUCUUCCUCCGAACACGGCGAGUGGAGUUUAGACCAAAAAGCUCUAUUUUUGUCUCAUCAGACCACAUGACCUUCUCCCAUUCCUCCUCUGGAUCAUCCAGAUGGUCAUUGGCAAACUUCAGACGGGCCUGGACAUGCGCUGGCUUGAGCAGGGGGACCUUGCGUGCACUGCAGGAUUUUAAUCCAUGACGGCGUAGUGUGUUACUAAUGGUUUUCUUUGAGACUGUGGUCCCAGCUCUCUUCAGGUCAUUGACCAGGUCCUGCCGUGUAGUUCUGGGCUGAUCCCUCACCUUCCUCAUGAUCAUUGAUGCCCCAUUGAUGCCCACGAGGUGAGAUCUUGCAUGGAGCCCCAGACCGAGGGUGAUUGACCGUCAUCUUUAACUUCUUCCAUUUUCUAAUAAUUGCGCCAACAGUUGUUGCCUUCUCACCAAGCUGCUUGCCAUUUGUCCUGUAGCCCAUCCCAGCCUUGUGCAGGUCUACAAUUGUAUCCCUGACGUCCUUACACAGCUCUCUGGUCUUGGCCAUUGUGGAGAGGUUGGAGUCUGUUUGAUUGAGUGUGUGGACAGGUGUCUUUUAUACAGGUAACGAGUUCAAACAGGUGCAGUUAACACAGGUAAUGAGUGGAGAAUAGGAGGGCUUCUUAAAGAAAAACUAACAGGUCUGUGAGAGCCGGAAUUCUUACUGGUUGGUAGGUGAUCAAAUACUUAUGUCACGCAAUAAAAUGCAAAUUAAUGACUUAAAAAUCAUACAAUGUGAUUUUCUGGAUUUUUGUUUUAGAAUCCGUCUCUCACAGUUGAAGUGUACCUAUGAUAAAAAUUACAGACCUCUACAUGCUUUGUAAGUAGGAAAACCUGCAAAAUCGGCAGUGUAUCAAAUACUUGUUCUCACCACUGUAUUUCAAUCAUUCAGCCAUUCCUGGACCUGUGACCAAAAACAAGCUACAAAUGGGCAGUACCAAAACAAAUGAUCUAAUGAUUCUGUCUCUUCGCAGCAAAAUCUGCAGAGCUGGUUAGAUUGUAUCCCCCAUAUAAAUAACAUUCUAUUGGUAGCAAGAAUUUUAUAUAAUAAUUUAAAUUGAAAGAUUCUAAUUUUUGAAUCCGGUGUUGUUUUGCGUAUCAGUUCAUAAACAAUUUGCCAUGAAAUCGGUACGUCAAAAAUCUCUUCCCAACUAUUUUGCAAUCUAUAUGGGACGGCUGUCAAUCCUUUGGUCCUUAAAUGAAACUGGUGUACUUUUUUAUUUAUCACAAUUUUCUUUAACCAAUUAUGGUCUUUAAUGCAGGGCCGACAGACAAGUUCCUUACUUUUUCCCCCUUCCACUUUCCUCUUCCAUUUUUGCGGUAAUGCUGCAAUUAUUUGGUUGUAAUUUUGGGUAGAGCUGACAUUUCCAUAUGUUUUUGUUAGCCGCAUGUGCGACAUAACUCCACCAGUCCUACCUAUAAUAUCAUUUUUUUAAAUCAAAAAAUGUUUUUUUUAUCAAUUAGUAUAUUUGAGUUUAACCACAGUAUUUGUUGCAUUAUUUGUUCUGUCGUUUCUGGAGGAUUAAAUUGAAAUUGCAACCAACUUUCUAUGGGUUGUUUUAGAAAUAGUGAUAUUUGGGAGAUUAUUUCCUUUUCAAAUAACUGAAAGUGAGAGGUUGUAAUUUGAAUAAAGGGAAAAAGGCCAUUCUUGAACAUGGGGUGAGACAAUCUUACUAAUUUGCUAGAGAACCGGUUCGGAUUUAAGUAUAAUUUUUGUAUGACUGAAGCUUUUAGUGUUAUGUCUAAUGCUUUAAUAUUUAAUAAUUUCUGUCCUCCAAAUUCAUAUUCAUUAUAUAAAUAGGCCCGUUUAAAUUUGUCUGGCUUGCCGUUCCAAAUAAAAUGGAAUAUUGUUUUCUCAUGUAAUUUAAACAAAUGUUUGCUAUGCGUAGGCAAGACCAUAAGCAAAUAGGUACACUGGGAUACAGGGUGGUUUUUCCACAAAUAGACAGGUAUUUACCUUUCCAUGGUAGCAAGAUCUUAUCUAUUUUUGCUAACUUUCUAUUAAACAUUUUUGGAGUGAGAUCAUUUAUUUAUUUUGGGAUAUGUAUUCCGAGUAUAUACACAUCACCAUCAGACCAUUUUAUUGGUAAACUACACGGAAAUGUAAAAGUUGUAUUUUUAGUGAUCCAAUACGUAAUCUAGUACAUUUAUCAUAAUUUGGUUGUAAUCCAGAGAGGUUAGAAAAUGUAUCUAGAUCCUCUUAUGAGGCUGUGGAGGGAUUCAAGUUGUGGAUUUAAAAGAAAACAUGAAUCAUCAGCGUACAAUGAAUCAUUUAGGAAAAUAAUGCCGGCUUGUAUUUUGUAAAUAUAAAUUAGUACAAAAAAGAAUCACCUUGAGUAAAUAUUGAUAUGUGAAAUGUGUACAAUGAACUCAGUAUGAAUUCAAUACAACAACAGUACAAUAGACUCAGAUAUCGGCCAUAUAUCCCACCUAUAGUUUACUAGGGUGCACCCAACUCUAUUUUAAUCUGAGGGUAUCUCAGCUUUCAAUGUUCAAUACAAAUACAAUAAACAUGAAUCCACAGAAAAACACAAAUAUUCACAAAUACUGACUUAUAAACCACUAUGAGAUGGAAUCAAAUGUGAGUGAGUGUGCAUAUCAAUAAACACUGUACGGUGUUUAAAUGUGGUAUGUGCUUAUGACAGUCCCACUGCAAGGUAUGGUGCUAUGAUGUCUUGCAACAAAGAAUCCUACCACACCCUGUUGUAUGGCAGUGCAAAUUCAUUGUCCUCCAUGGAAAAGGAAAAAUACAUCUUUGCAUGCAAAUCUUCUUACGGAUGUCCUGGGUUCGGGCGGCUCGCCAUCCUUGGUGGAACUGAAUCAAUAAAAAAAAAAGACCUGUUUUUACAAACAGGAUCACACAAUAUAUAUACCAUGAAUACCUUUCAUAUAAACAUUAAUAUAGCUCUCAGCUUUAAUCUCUUACAGGAAUAAGAAAAUAAAACUUAGUCAAAAUGCUUUACACUUUAACUACAGCACCAGGCUCACAUGAACUAAACAAUACACUAGCCUGGCCAAUGCAAAGUACUAGUGCUUACACCUGUACACCAUUUCUUGUAAAGUAAUCUAAAACAUAACUGUGUACCAAAAUGGAUUUUUGAUAAUAGCUGAUCACAUUUUAUAAAAAAUAUGAAAACUAAAAUAGUUUGCCAUGCAUGAUUAGCAUGAUCACUAACGUUUGCUAUUUCAAUUGAUCGAUAGCUUAGCUAGCCUAAAUGUUAACGGCUUGUGCGGAUGCUUGGUUCCGUGUGAACACGCACAAAAUGCUAGCAAUAGCUUAGCUAGCCUAAUCGUUCUCCUUAUGAAAGCUCACCAAAUCCUGGCGUCAAUCUUUCCCUCAAACCCUUCACAGCUCUUUCGGAUAGAUAAGUGAGUGUUAAUAUCCAGUUUUCUCUUUUUAGUUCCGUUUUAUACAACUCCUCACGACGAUUUGAAACUUCGUUUUUCUUCCAUAGAAUGGCGGUAGCUCUUCACUUUGCAUUCUAGCUCCUGCAGAACGAGUGGCACAGUGGUCUAAGGCACUGCAUCGCAGUGCUAGCUGUGCCACUAGAGAUCCUGGUUCGAAUCCAGGCUCUGCAGUAGCCGGCCGCAACCGGGAGACCAAUGGGGCGCGGCGCACAAUUGGCCCAGCGUCGUCCAGGGUAGGGGAGGGAAUGGCCGGCAGGGAGGUAGCUCAGUUGGUAGAGCAUGGCGUUUGCAACGCCAGGGUUGUGGGUUCGAUUCCCACGGGGGGCCAGUAUGAAAAUAAAAAAAGAAUAAUGUAUGCGCUAAGUCGCUCUGGAUAAGAGCGUCUGCUAAAUGACGUAAAAUGUAAAAUGUAAAAAUGUCUAAGGCUGUGCCACUAGAGAUCCUGGUUUGAAUCCAGGCUCUGUCGUAGCCGGCCGUGACCAGGAGACCCAUGGGGUGGCGCACAAUUGGCACAGCGUCGUCCAGGGGAGGGGAGGGAAUGGCCGGCAGGGAUGUAGCUCAGUUGGUAGAGCAUGGCGUUUGCAAUGCCAGGGUUGUGGGUUCGAUUCCCACGGGGGGCCAGUAUGAAAAAAUUAUAAUAAUGUAUGCACUCACUAACUGUAAAUUUGCUCUGGAUAAGAGCGUCUGCUAAAUGACUAAAACGUAAAAAUGUAAAAUGAGAGGGACUAAGAAUAUUGAGUUUUGAUUGGCACAAAAUAAACUGCUCGUCAUGCAGCUUCUGACAACUCAUUUGUAAUAGCUGUCAACUUUUAAACCUAUCACAAUAUGCUCCCGAGUGGUGCAGCGGUCUAAGGCACUGCAUCUCAGCGGUCUAAGGCACUGCAUCUCAGUGCUAGAGGCGUCACUACAGACCCCCUGGUUCGAUUCCAGGCUGUAUCACAACCGGCCGUGAUUGGAAGUCCCAUAGGGCGGCGCACAAUUGGCCCAGCGUCGUCCGGGUUUGGCCGGUGUAGGCCGUCAUUGUAAAUAAGAAUUUGUUCUUAACUGACUUGCCUAGUUAAAUAAUAUAUGAUUGGAAUCUCACUAGUAACGAUAAGUAUUCAACAUUAUUUGACUUGCGUUACACUUCAGUCUCCUCUCUCCUGUGAUGUACUCCUGUUAUUCUAUACCGCUUUCCUCUGCAUCAGGAUUAGUUAACUGUUUACGUAUAAUAAUAAUAUCCUAUAUUUUUACUUUUGGGGCUAAAUGUCAUGUACAUUGUUUAUUUAUUUUUCUCCCCGCUCCCUCCUCGUCUCGUUUUCAAGUUAGUCAUUUCUCUCUCACCUUCUCUUUCAUGUUGCAAGUUUUCAGUUUAUUUUCAAUUUGAGGCCAUUCGAACUCUCGUGAUUUAAAAAACACAAUUGUAAAAAAAGCGAUAGAAAGAAAAGUCUCUGUCUUUCCCCCAGGUGAAGCAGCAGGGCAGCGGUCGUGGGGCCGGAGGCAGCAGUCCAGAGCUGCAGCAGGAGCUGUCCAAGGUGAAGUCGGAGCUGGACAAGAAGGUACUGUUCUACGAGGAGGAGCUGGUGCGUCGCGAGGCCUCCCACACCAGCGAGCUCAAGGGCCUCCGGAAGGAGCUCCACGACUCUGAGGGUCAGCAGCUCUCCCUCCACAAGGAGCUGCUCAUGCUCAAGGACAAGCUGGAGAAAGCCAAGAGAGAGAGGUGGGUUUGGGAUAGGACAGGUUUAGGCUUUGCCGAGAUUGAGAGGUGGGUUAGGCUAGUAUCCACUAUGUGGCUAAAGUAAAAAUGCAGAAGCUACCUAAUAUUAGAAGACUUGAGGUAUGGGGUCAGGUAUGAGUAUCUCUUUAAGAUUAGGGCAAGCUUUUCUUGAGAAAAUUGUCCAAACCUUUACAUUUCUACAUUAAACUGGAAAUCUGCGAUUGCUACAUCCAUUUUUGGACUUUAGAAUUAAUGAUGAAUUCCAAUUUGAUUCUUGAAGAAUAUAACUUAUAAAUGCCUCAUGAGCUUUAGUUCAACUAUCGUUCCCCAUCAGAACCCAAAAUAAAGCUGGUUUUACUCCAUUGGUUAAAACUCAUUUUCAUCUCAUGGAUGGUCAGUCCUCUCAUCCAUGAACCGUCUAUGAAUUAAAGAGUGGCUACCUUUCUCCUGCCCCAUCCUUAAGCUGUUUACCCAAAAAGGUGGCGGGGUGCCCGUGUUAUUGUUUGAACUUGUUUACUUGAGAUCUCAUUCUUUGUGUGUGUGUGUGUGCAGACAAACCGAGAUGGACGAGGCAGUGGGCGCUCUAAAGGACAAGUACGAGCGUGAGCGCAGCAUGCUGACCGAGGACAACCGCAAGCUGACCGCAGAGACUGACAGGGUAAGGACCACACAUGGGUAGAAAGACGGGUGGUGCGAAUGGACUCUUAAUCAAUCUCUCUCUCUCUCUUUCCCCCCCUCCCUAUGACCCUCUGCCCUCUCUCUCUCUCUCUCUCUCUCUCUCUCUCUCUCUCUCUCUCUCUCUCUCUCAGCUGUGUACGUUUGUGGACAAGCUGACCGCUCAGAACCGCCAGCUGGAGGACGAGCUGCAGGACUUGGCCUCUAAGAAGGAGAGCGUGGCUCACUGGGAGGCCCAGAUCGCUGAGAUCAUCCAGUGGUCAGUGCAAAGGCAGCUAGCUAUACAGGGCCGGAGGCCUUGUCCAAUGGGAUAGCUCGUUUUCCUUUCCCGUGGUGUGCCCUAAUGAAUAUGAGCUGUGUAAGGUCUGUAUAGAUGCUUCAGAAACCUUUUCCUAAACUGUUGUGUGUGUGUGACCCCGUAGGGUGAGCGACGAGAAGGACGCCCGCGGCUACCUGCAGGCCCUUGCCUCCAAGAUGACCGAGGAGCUGGAGUCACUCCGCAGCUCCAGCCUGGGCCCCCGACCCCUGGUAAGAUACAUACACACACACACACUUAAACGUAUACUAAUCCCACAAACACACGCAAACCCAUCCCCUCCGAGGUGUGUAUGUGUUAGUAUCAAGGGAUUCCAACUGUCAAAUUAGGCCCCCAGGUCUGAGCGCAGGGGAAUUUCAGUACUUCAAAUCAAAUCAGAUGUUAUUUGUCACAUACACGUGUUUAGCAGACGUUAAUAGCGGGUGUAGCGAAAUGCUUGUGCUUCUAGCUCCGACAGUGCAGCAAUAUCUAACAAGUAAUAUCUAACAAUUUCACAACAUAUACCUAAUACACACAAAACUAGUAAGGAAUGGAAUUUAAGAAAAUUUACAUAAAUGGACAAGCAAUGACAGAGCAGCAUGGACUAAGAUAUAGUAGAAUAUUAUAGAAUAGAAUGCAGUAUAUACAUAUGAGAUGAGUAGCGCAAGAUAUGUAAACAUUAUUAAAGUGACUAGUGUUCCAUUUCUUAAAGUGGCCAGUGAUUUCAAUAGGCAGCAGCAGCCUCUAAUGUGCUAGUGAUGGCUAUUUAACAGUCUGAUGGCCUUGAGAUAGAAGCUAUUUUUCAUUCUCUCGGUCCCAGCUUUGAUGCACCUGUACUGACCUCGCCUUCUGGAUGAUAGCGGGGUGAACAGGCAGUGGCUUGGGUGGUUGAAGUCCUUGAUGAUAUUUUUGGAUUUUUUGGCCUUCCUGUGACAUCGGGUGCUGUAUGUGUCUUGGAGGGUGGGUAGUUUGCCCCCGAUAAUGCGUUCGGCAGACCGCACCACCCUCUGGAGAGCCCUGCAGUUGCAGGCGGUGCAGUUGCCGUACCAGGUGGUGAUACAGCCCGACAGGAUGCUCUCAAUUGUGCAUCUGUGAAAGUUUGUGAGGAUUUUAGGUGCCAAGCCAAAUUUCUUCAGCCUCCUGAGGUCAGACGGUGCUUCCCUUGUUGUGGUGAUUCUAAUAUUCCCCUUCUUAACACAUUGCUUUUAUCCCGGCUUACAUUGCACACACUCCGCUGACACAGUGCAGCUGGAUGUAUAUUGAAGCGAUCCAGGUCGAGUGCCUGACUUGAGGGGACAGCAGCUGUACAUAGGCUAUGCCCCACAAGCUGUGUAGAGGCAGCACCCAGUCUACUCAUUUCAUUAGUGCUGUGGUGCAGUAUCAUAGAAUUAUAUAAUAACUAGACCAAGUUAUGAAAAUGGAGUCCCAUUCAUGGACUUUGCUCAAAAGCGAAUCAGCCAAACAGGUCUGCUACACUGGACAUCGGCCGAGCGCCCAAGAACACUUGAUGAAGUGGAUUGCGCUUUGCCCACGCCGGCAAAAAGUUACGCUUCCGGUGUAGCAGCUAAGAACUGUAAAUCUCCCUCGACCUGGGGCUCCAUGCAAGAUCUCACCUCGUGGAGUUGCAAUGAUCGUGAGAACGGUGAGGAAUCAGCCCAGAACUACACGGGAGGAUCUUGUCAAUGAUCUCAAGGCAGCUGGGACCAUAGUCACCAAGAAAACAAUUGGUAACACACUACGCCGUGAAGGACUGAAAUCCUGUCAGCGCCCGCAAGGUCCCCCUGCUCAAGAAAGCACAUAUACAGGGGCCGUCUGAAGUUUGCCAGUGAACAUCUGAAUGAUUCAGAGGAGAACUGGGUGAAAGUGUUGUGGUCAGAUGAGACCAAAAUGGAGCUCUUUGGCAUCAAUUCAACUCGCCGUGUUUGGAGGAGGAAUGCUGCCUAUGACCCCAAGAACACCAUCCCCACCGUCAAACAUGGAGGUGGAAACAUUAUGCUUUGGGGGGGUUUUCUGCUAAGGGGACAGGACAACUUCACCGCAUCAAAGGGACGAUGGACAGGGGCCAUGUACUGUAAAAUCUUGGGUGAGAACCUCCUUCCCUCAGCCAGGGCAUUGAAAAUGGGUCGUGGAUGGGUAUUCCAGCAUGACAAUGACCCAAAACACAUGGCCAAGGCAACAAAGGAGUGGCUCAAGAAGCAGCACAUUAAGGUCCUGGAGUGGCCUAGCCAGUCUCCAGACCUUAAUCCCAUAGAAAAUCUGUGGAGGGAGCUGAAGGUUCGAGUUGCCAAACAUCAGCCUCGAAACCUUAAUGACUUGGAGAAGAUGUGGGACAAAAUCCCUCCUGAGAUGUGUGCAAACCUGGUGGGCAACUACAAGAAACGUCUGACCUCUGUGAUUGCCAACAAGGGUUUUGCCACCAAGUACUAAGUCAUGUUUUGCAGAGGGGUCAAAUACUUAUUUCCCUCAUUAAAAUGCAAAUCAAUUUAUAACAUUUUUGACAUGCAUUUUUUUCUGGAUUUUGUUGUUGUUAUUCUGUCUCUCACUGUUCAAAUAAACCUACCAUUAAAAUUAUAGACUGAUCAUGUCUUUGUCAGUGGGCAAACGUACAAAAUCAGCAGGGGAUCAAAUACUUUUUUCCCUCACUGUAACUCUAUAGUUCCUUCUGUGUGUGUAGGGAGUCCAUCUUCCGCUUAUUUUCAGCCCUAACCUGGUUACGGGGAGAGGAAUAUUACAUCAAAUAUGACCUUGAGUGCAGUUCCCUCCGCUCCCUUAGCUAGCUAGCUGGCACACCUGUCAUCUCCCCUCCAUCCAUUCUCAUUAGGCAGGGCUAUUUAGCUAGCGUUAGCAGUAGCGUUGGCACACCUGUCAUCUCCCCUCCAUCCAUUCCCAUUAGACAGGGCUAUUUACGGCAGACUUAGCAAUAGUAGCGUUAGCUUAAUGAUAUUAGCUCCUGGUGUCUGUCUGGGUACUUUUGGAAGCAUAAUGCUCAACAGGCAGAGAAAGGCUAUGCCCGCUGUUGUUGCUGAGAGUGGGGUAACAUUGUAUUUGUCUCAAAUAGUACCCUAUUCUAUACAUAGUUCAGUACGUUUGACCAAUGGCUUUGUCCCAAAUGGUACCCUAUUCUAUACAUAGUUCAGUACGUUUGACCAAUGGCUUUGUCCCAAAUAGUACCCUAUUCCAUACAUAGUACUAGAUGGCUCAAGCAAGCAACAAAAGGGGGUAAGUAGCAGGGAAAGCAUUGAACUCCCCAAUGAUGGAGAAAUUGUAGAAAAAUAUUUUGGUUGCCAAUCAUUUGCUUCCUUCGCAAAGCUGUUUUGGUGUACUCUGGUGAAGUGUGUGUUUAGUGCCAUGAGUUGAGUGCUCUUCUGUUUUAACCUGCCGCCCCCAGCAAGGCUCAGGAGUGGCCACUCCUCCCCUGAAGCCCUUUCCCUCGGCUGUGGGGGACAAGAGGGUGAGUGCGUCCGUCAAUCAAAGCCAGCCUGCGGAUGUGACGCUCCGCCAUAGGCGGGGCAGAGGACUGCUGUCAUGCCGAUAGAGUCGUCAGUCUGUCACUCAUAUGGCCCAGUUUAUACCGAUUUGGUGAUUUUGAUUUUCUUGAGAAAAAAUGACCUGGAAUAGCCAGCGUGAUCUGAAUUCUAACAUGAUAUUUUAGGCCCGUUUGAAAGUGGGUUUGACGUCCCCAGAUAGUGACUAUUUAAAUAUACUGGCACUGCUUUGAAGCAUUCAGAGACCUAGAAAGCAAAAUUGGAUUCGGAGUGAAAAUUAUCUGAGGAGUUUGAGGGGGCCACAUGUGUUUCAGACCAGACUGAUACUAUAAGAUGCUUCCCAUUUGCUUACAAGAACCAAGAACCUAGUAAUACAUUUCAGGGGAGGGGGUAAGUAGAAGUUGCCCCUAACUACUGAUAGAUAUUCAGAUAUUCUUCCAUCACCCUAAUGGUUAAGUUUAGGAUUGGGGCUAGGGAGCUCCUUAAGAGUACAAAGAGCUCCACAUUUGUGCUGUACAAGAGCACUAUGGAUCCCCUCUCUCGUUUCUCUCUCACUCUCUCUUCCCUCGCUCUCUCUUCCCUCACUCUCUUCCCUCGCUCUCUCUUCCCUCACUCUCUUCCCUCGCUCUCUCUUCCCUCGCUCUCUCUUCCCUCACUCUCUUUCCUCGCUCUCUCUUCCCUCGCUCUCUCUUCCCUCGCUCUCUCUUCCCUCGCUCUCUCUUCCCUCGCUCUCUCUUUCCUCGCUCUCUCUUUCCUCGCUCUCUCUUUCCUCGCUCUCUCUUUCCUCGCUCUCGCAUUUCUCUCGCUUGCUUGCUUGCUCUUUCUCACUCUCUCUUUUCUCUCACUCACUCUUCUCUCACACUCUCUCUCCUGUAACAUACGAGACUGGCUGGAUAUUUCAGUCAGGGGGAGUAGGUAUUAGGUAUGGGGGGGGGCGUAGUGAGUGGGGCUGGGUUAGAGGAUAUGAUGCCUCAUUUCCUGUCCCGUUGGGCCGUGAUGUCACGCGAUCCGCCAGCAUCCGCGGAAUGUCAUCCCAGCUUCCUGUAAAGUCGAUUUGUCAUUGGCUCCCUCAUUCGCUCGAUAAAAUACAUCCAUCGCGUGUGUGGAGUUGGAUGAAAUCUCAAAUAUUUUUUGCACCUGCUGAAUUGUAUUUGAGUCGGGACGAUAUGGUUGUGUUUGAGGUUUAGCUGACAUGAUUGGACAGCCAUUUCCUUGAGGGCAUGUUCAGUUAGCUUUUUUACAGAAGCAGAUUCAACACACACUGGAACUAACCAUAUCGGCCAGUUGCCACUCACCUCUUAACAGGAAUCAGUUAACCCAUUUGUGGCCCAUCGAGGAAUCCAAACCCCAUUCCUGGUGUUGCCAGCACAGUUUACACCCCAUGUUCAGAGCGACUUAAAUCGACCACACCCAAUAAUUGGCCACUGGUUAAUGUUAUCACGUCAAUCCCUGCCCCCCCACCCUGAAUACAAUACAAUAAUCCCGCUCUCGUCCCCAGGACCCCCUGUGGAAGGUGCGUCGCAGCCAGAAGCUGGACAUGUCGGCCCGUUUGGAGCUGCAGUCGGCCCUGGACGCCGAGAUACGGGCCAAGCAGCUGGUCCAGGAGGAGCUCCGCAAGGUCAAGGCCUCCAACAUCUCCUUUGAAAGGUCAGCCCCUGCAACCCCAACCGUGACCCCCCCUCGGGUCAGAACAUUUCACCAUUCUUUAAAAUCAUGUAUUUGUAUUAGUUUUUAUUUACUUUUUUUUUUUUUACAUUGUACAAUAUUUUUUUUACGUUGUACACUUCGUUUAGACAGUUGGAAACAGAGGGGAAGACGGGUAAGUGGGAGUACAGUAGGGACGGUGGAUACCGGUAUUUGAACCACAGCGCAGUAUGUGUAUAUACAGUGGAUAUAAAAAGUCUACACACCCCUGUUAAAAUGCCAGGUUUUUGUGAUGUAAAAGAAUGAGACAAAGAUAAAUCAUGUCACAACUUUUUCCACUGUUAAUGUGACCUAUAAUGUGAACAAUUCAAUUGAAAAACAAACUGAAAUCUUCGAGGGGGAAAAAUGAAAAAUGAAAACCUUCCAAUAACCUGGUUGCAUCAGUGUGCACACCCUCUUAUAACUGGGGAUGUGGCUGUGUUCAGAAUUAACCAAUCACAUUCAAACUCAUGUUAAAUAGAAGUCGUUACACACCUGCCAUCAUUUAAAGUGACUCUGAUUAAUCACAAAUAAAGUUCAGCUGUUCUAGUAGGAUUUGCCUGCCAUUUUCUUAGUUGCAUCUCAGAGCAAAAGCCAUGUUCCGCAGAGAGCUUCCAAAGCAUCAGAGGGAUCUCGUUGUUGAAAGAUAUCAGUCAGGAGAAGGGUACAAAAUAAUUUCCAAAGCAUUACAUAUACCAUGGAGCACAGUGAAGACAGUCAUCAUCAAGUGGAGAAAAUAUGGCACAACAGAGACAUUACCAAGAACUGGACGUCCCUCCAAAAUUUAUAAAAAGCUGAGAAGAAAACUGUUCAGGGAGGCUUCCAAGAGGCCUACAGCAACAUUAAAGGAACUGCAGGAAUUUCUGGCAAGUACUGGCUGUGUGCUACAUGUGACAACAAUCUCCCGUAUUCUUCAUAUGAAUGGGCUAUGGGGUAGGGUGGCAAGACGGAAGCCUUUUCUUACAAAUAAAAACAUCCAAGCCCGGCUGAAGUUUGCAAAAACAAACAUCAAGUCCCCCAAAAGCACGUGGGAAAAUGUGUUAUGGUCUGAUGAAACCAAGGUUGAACUUUUUGGCCAUAAUUCCAAAAGGUAUGUUUGGCGCAAAAACAACACUGCACUUCACCCACAGUAAAGCAUGGUGGUGGCAGCAUCAUGCUUUGGGGCUGUUUUUCUUCAGCUGGAACCGGAGCCUUAGUCAGGGUGGAGGGAAUUAUGAACAGUUCCAAAUACCAGGCAAUUUUGGCACAAAACCUUCAGGCGUCCGUUAGAAAGAUGAAGAUGAAGAGGAAGUUCACCUUUCAGCACGGCAACGACCCAAAGCACACAUCCAAAUCCACAAAAGCAUGGCUUCACCAGAAGAAGAUUAACGUUUUGGAAUGGCCCGGCCAGAGCCCAGACCUGAAUCCAAUUGAAUAUCUCUGGGGUGAUCUGAAGAGGGCUGUGCACAGGAGAUGUCCUCGCAAUCUGACAGAUUUGGAGCGCUUUUGCAAAGAAGAGUGGGCAAAUAUUGCCACGUCAAGAUGUGCCAUGCUAAUAGACUCCUACCCAAAAAGACUGAGUGCUGUAAUAAAAUCAAAAGGUGCUUCAACAAAGUAUUAGUUUAAGGUUAUUGUGAGGUUUUUUUUUUUUUUUUUUUUUUUUUUUUUUUUUUUUUCUCAAAGAUUUCAGUUUGUUUUUCAAUUGAAUUGUUCACGUUAUAGGUCACAUUAAAGGUGGAAAAAGUUCAGACAUGAUUUCUCUUUAUCUCAUUCUUUUACAUCACAAAACCUGGCAUUUUAACAGGGGAGACUUUUUAUAUCCACUGUGUAUAUAUAAUAUACAGUGCCUUUAGAAAGUAUUCACACCCCUCAACUUUUUCCACAUUUUGUUGUGUUAGUCUGAUUUUAAAUGGAUUAAAUUGCAAUUAUUUUGUCACUGGCCUACACACAAUACCUCAAUUUCAAAGUGGAAUGAUGUUUUUUUUGAAAUUCUUACAAAUCAAUUAAAAAUGAAAAUCUGAAAUGUCUUGAGUCAAUAAGUAUUCAACCCCUUUGUUAUGGCAAGCCUAAAUAAGUUCAGGAGUAAAAAUGUGCUUAACAAAUCACAGAAUAAGUUGCAUGGACUCACUCUGUGUGCAAUAAUAGUGUUUAACAUGGUUGUUGAAUGACUCCCUCAUCUCUGUACCUCCCUCAGUCGAGCAGUGAAUUUCAAACAAUGAUUCAACCACAAAGACCAGGGAGGUUUUCCAAUGCCUCGAAAAGAAGGGCACCUAUUGGUAGAUGGGGGAAAAAAAAGAUAUUGAAUAUCCCUUUGAGCAUGGUGAAGUUAUUCAUUACACUUUGGAUGGUGUAUCAAUACACCCAGUCACUACAAAGAUACAGACAUCCUUCUUAACUCCGUUGCCGGAGAGCAAGGAAACCGCUCCGGCAAACAAUUGCAGAGUUUAAUGGCUAUGAUAGGAGAAAACUGAGGAUGGAUCAACACCGUUGUAGUUACUCGACAAUACUAACCUAAUUGACAGAGUGAAAAGGAACACUGUACAGAAUAAAAAUAUUCCAAAACAUGUGUCCUCUUUGCAACAAGUCACUAAAGUAAUACUGCAAAAAAAUGUGGCAAAGCAAUUCACCUUUUGUCCUAAAUACAAAGUGUUACGUUUGGGGCAAAUACAACCAAAUACAAUCACUCUCCAUAUUUUCAAACACGGUGGCUGCAUCAUGUUAUGGGUAUGCUUGUAAUCGUUUGAGUACCACUCUCCAUAUUUUCAAGCAUGGUGGCUACAUCAUGUUAUGUAAUCGUUAAGGACUGGGGAGUUUUUCAGGAUAAAAAAAUCAACAUAAAGGCAUUAAACACAGGACAAUUCUUAGAGGAAAACCUGGUUGUCGGCUUUCCACCAGACACUGGGAAAUUAAUUAUCCUUUCAACAGGACAAUAACCUGAAACACAAGGCCAAAUCAACACUGGAGUUGCUUACCAAGAAGACAGUGAAUGUUCCUGAGUGGCCCGAGUUACAGUUUUGCCUUAAGUCUAGUUGAAAAUCUAUGGCAUGACAUGAAAAUGGUUGUCUAGCAAUGAUCAACAACCAAUUUGACAGAGCUUGAAGAAUUUUGAAAAUAAUAAUGGGCAAAUGUUGCACAAUCCAGGUGUGGAAACCUCUUAGAGACUCACAGGUGUGUGAAUACUUAUGUAAAUGAGGUAUUUCUGUAUUUCAUUUUCAAUCAAUUAGGAAACAUUUCUAAAAACAUGUUUUCACUAUGUUAUUAUGGGGUGUUGUGUGUAGAUGGGUGAGAAAAGCAAUUUUUAAUCCAUUUUUAAUUCAGACUGUAACACAACAGAAUGUGGAAUAUGUCAAGGGGUAUGAAUACCUUCUGAAGGCACGGUAUAUACACACAGUAUACCAAACAUUAGGAACACCGUUUCGCUAUACAACUAUACACACAGAAUCAACAUACCUUAAACUGAACCCUGUCCCUAACCCCACAUACCUAGACCCUAACCCCACAUUUUAUAUAUAUAUAUAUAUAUAUUUUUUAUGUAACCUUUAUUUAACAAGGCAAGUCAGUUAAGAACAAAUUCUUAUUUACAAUGACGGCCCACAUACCUAGACCCUGAUCCCACAUACCUAGACCCUGAUCCCACAUACCUAGACCCUGACCCCAAACCCCACAUACCUAGACCCUGACCCCACAUACCUAGACCCUGACCCCACAUACCUAGACCCUGACCCCACAUACCUAGACCCUGACCCCACAUACCUAGACCCUGAUCCCACAUACCUAGACCCUGACCCCACAUACCUAGACCCUGACCCCACAUACCUAGACCCUGACCCCACAUACCUAGACCCUGACCCCAACCCCCACAUACCUAGACCCUGACCCUAACCCCCACAUACCUACACCCUGACCCUAACCCCACAAACCUACACCCAGACCCCACAUACCUACACCUUGACCCUAACCCCACAUUACCUAUACACAAGUAUUCACAUUCACCACCCCACACGGUUGGUCCCUAGCAUUUGACCCAAGUGAUGUGGAGACACAUCUAUCUUCUCAAGGGUCAAACGUGAAAGAGCUUGUGCAGGUUAGCUAGCUAGCUACACGCUGAUUUAUGCAAAGGUUACGUUUUAUUUUGAUUUUAAGUGAGCAUGACUGAUAUGACAGAUGGCUUCCAAAUGGGAAAGAAGGAGGAGGAUGACUCAUAACCUACUUUUUUUUCUCUGUCCCCUUGACACACACUCCUCUGUCCCCUUGACACACACUCCUCUGUCCCCUUGACACACACUCCUCUGUCCCCUUGACACACACUCCUCUGUCCCCUUGACACACACUCCUCUGUCCCCUUGACACACACUCCUCUGUCCCCUUGACACACACACCCUCUCUCACACAGCAAACUGAAGGAUUCAGAGUCCAGGAGCAGGGAGAUGGCGGAGCAGCUGGAGAUCAUGAAGAAGGACUUGGAGGAGAGCCGCUCCCGCUCGGACAAAGGUUGGCCGACCAUGCCUUAACCCUGGUUUUAUCCUAAACCAGGGAUCCUCAACUGGCGGCCCGCGAGCCAAACUUGGCCCGCGGCAUGAUUUUAUUUGAACCCCCUCCCCCAAGUUUUCUGAACAAAAAAUAUAUAUACACUAUUGGUCAAAAGUUUUAGAACACCUACUCAUUCAAGGGUUUUUCUUUAUUUGUACUCUUUUCUACAUUGUAGAAUAAUAGUGAAGACAUCAAAACUAUGAAAUAACACAUCAUGUAGUAACCAAAAAAAGUGUUAAACAAAUCAAAAUACAUUUUAUAUUUGAGAUUCUUCAAAUAGCUACCCUUUGCCUUGAUGACAGCUUUGAACACUCAUGGCAUUCUCUCAACCAGCUUCAUGAGGUAGUCACCUGUAAUGCAUUUCAAUUAACAGGUGUGCCUUUUUAAAAGUUAAUUUGUGGAAUUUCUUUCCUCCUUAAUGCGUUUGAGCCAAUCAAUUGUGUUGUGACAAGGUAGGGGUGGUAUACAGAAGACAGCCCUAUUUGGUAAAAGACCAAUUCCAUAUUAUGGAAAGAACAGCUCAAAUAAUCAAAGAGAAACGACAGUCCAUCAUUACUUUAAGACAUGAAGGUCAGUCAAUCUGGAAAAUUUCAAGAACUUUAAAAGUUUCUUCAAGUGCAGUCGCAAAAACCAACAAGCGCUAUGAUGACACUGGCUCUCAUUUGGACUGCCACAGGAAUGGAAGACCCAGAGUUACCUCAGCUGCAGAGGAUAAGUUCAUUAGAGUUACCAGCCUCAGAAAUUGCAGCCCAAAUAAAUGCUUCACAGAGUUCAAGUAACAGACACAUCUCAACAUCAACUGUUCAGAGGGGACUGUGUGAAUCAGGCCUUUAUGGUCGAAUUGCUGCAAAGAAACCACAACUAAAGGACCAAUAAGAAGAAGAGACCUGCUUGGGCCAAGAAACACGAGCAAUGGACAUUAGACCGGUGGAAAUGUGUCCUUUGGUCUGUAAUCCAAAUUGGGCAUUUUUGGUUCCAACCGCGGUGUCUUUGUGAGACGCGGGUGGGUGAACGGAUGAUCUCUGCAUGUGUAUUUCCCACCGUAAAGCAUGGAGGAGGAGGUGUUAUGGUGUGGGGGUGCUUUGCUGGUGACACUGUCUGUGAUUUAUUUAGAAUUCAAGGCACACUUAACCAGCAUGGCUACCACAGCAUUCUGCAGUGAUACGCCAUCCCAUCUGGUUUGGGCUUAGUGGGACUAUAAUUUGUUUUUCAACAGGACAAUGACCCAGCACACCUCCAGGCUGUGUAAGGGCUAUUUUACCAAGAAGGAGAGUGAUGGAGUGCUGCAUCAGAUGACCUGGCCUCCACAAUCCCCCGACCUCAACCCAACUGAGAUGGUUUGGGAUGUGUCGGACCGCAGAGUGAAGGAAAAGCAGCCAAUAAGUGCUCAGCAUAUGUGGGAACUCGUUCAAGACUGUUGUAAAAGCAUUCCAGGUGAAGCUGGUUGAGAGAAUGCCAAGAGUGUGCAAAGCUAUCAUCAAGGCAAAGGGUGGCAUUUGAAGAAUCUCAAAUAUAAAAUAUAUUUUGAUUUGUUUAACACUUUUUGCUUACAUGAUUACAUAUGUGUUAUGUCAUAGUUUUGAUGUCUUCACUAUUAUUCUACAAUUUAAAAAAAUAGUAAAAAUAAAAAACAACCCUUGAAUGAGUAGCUGUGUCCAAACGUUUGACUGGUAGUGUGUAUAUAAAAUCAUUUUUAUUCCACAUAAAAGACUGUAAAAUCACCAGCUAAUCAGCUCGAAGUAAUUUUAAAAGUAUUCCCACGCAUAAUAGAGAGAUAUAUGUAAACAAAUGUAAGCCAGGUUUGAAAUUAUUAUGUUUUAGUCAGAUAUACAGUUGAAGUCAGAAGUUUACAUACACGUUGGAGCCAUUAAAACUCGUUUUUCAACCACUCCGCAAAUUUCUUGUUAACAAACUAUAGCUCUGGCAAGUCGGUUAGGACAUCUACUUUGUGCAUGACACAAAUAAUUUUUCCAACAAUUGUUUACAGACAGAUUAUUUCACUUAUAAUUCACUGUAUCACAAUUCCAGCGGUCAGAAGUUUACAUACACUAAGUUGACUUGUGCCUUUAAACAGCUUGGAAAAUUCCAGAAAAUGAUGUCAUGGCUUUAGAAGCUUCUGAUAGGCUAAUUGACAUCAUUUGAGUCAAUUGGAGGUGUACCUGUGGAUGUAUUUCAAGGCCUACCUUCAAACUCAGUGCCUCUUUGCUUGACAUCAUGGGAAAAUCAAAAUAAAUCAGCCAAGACCUCAGGAAAAUAAUUCUGGUUCAUCCUUGGGAGCAAUUUCCAAACGCCUGAAGGUACCACGUUAAUCUGUACAAACAAUAGUACUUAAGUAUAAACACCAUGGGACCACGCAGCCGUCAUACCGCUCAGGAAGGAGACGCGUUCUGUCUCCUAGAGAUUAACGUACUUUGGUGCGAAAAGUGCAAAUCAAUCCCAGAACAAAAGCAAAGGACCUUGUGAAGAUGCUGGAGGAAACAGGUACAAAAGUAUCUAUAUCCACAGUAAAACGAGUCCUAUAUCGACAUAACCUGAAAGGCCGCUCAGCAAGGAAGAAGCCACUGCUCCAAAACCGCCAUAAAAAAGCCAGACUACAGUUUGCAACUGCACAUGGGGACAAAGAUCAUACUUUUUGGAGAAAUGUCCUCUGGUCUGAUGAAACAAAAAUAGAACUGUUUGGCCAUAAUGACAAUCAUUAUGUUUGGAGGAAAAAGGGGGAAGCUUGCAAGCCGAAGAACACCAACCCAACCGUGAAGCAUGGGGGUGGCAGCAUCAUGCUGUGGGGGUGCUUUGGUGCAGGAGGGACUGGUGCACUUCACAAAAUAGAUGGCAUCAUGAGGAAGGAAAAUGAUGUGGAUAUAUUGAAGCAACAUCUCAAGACAUCAGUUAGGAAGUUAAAGCUUGGUCGCAAAUUGGUCUUCCAAAUGGACAAUGACCCCAAGCAUACUUCCAAAGUUUUGGCAAAAUGGCUUAAGGACAACAAAGUCAAUGUAUUGGAGUGGCCAUCACUCUUCAAUCCUAUAGAAAAUGUGUGGGCAGAACUGAAAAAGCGUGUGCGAGCAAGGAGGCCUACAAACCUGACUCAGUUACAGCUCUGUCAGGAGGAAUGGGCCAAAAUUCACCCAGCUUAUUGUGGGAAGCUUGUGGAAGGCUACCCGAAACGUUUGACCCAAGUUAAACAAUUUAAAGGCAGUGCUACCAAAUACUAAUUGAGUGUAUGCAAACUUCUGACACACUGGGAAUGUGAUGAAAGAAAUAAAAGCUUAAAUAAAUAAUUCUCUCUACAAUUGUUCUGAGUGGCGCAGUGGUCUAAGGCACUGCAUCGCAGUGCUAACUGUGCCACUAGAGAUCCUGGUUCAAAUCCAGGCUCUGUCGCAGCCGGCCGCGACCGGGAGACUCAUGGGCGGCGCACAAUUGGCCCAGCGUCGCCCAGGGUAGGGGAGGGAAUGGCCGGCAGGGAUGUAGCUCAGUUGAUAGAGAAUGGCGUUUGCAACGCCAGGGUUGUGGGUUCGAUUCCCACGGGGGGCCAGUAUAAAAAAAUAAAUAAUGUAUUCACUAACUGUAAGUCGCUCUGGAUAAGAGCGUCUGCUAAAUGACUAAAAUGUAAAUGUAAAUGUAAAGUGGUGAUCCUAACUGACCUCAUACAGGGAAUGUUUUACUAGGAUUAAAUGUCAGGAAUUGAGAAAAACUGAGUUUAAAUGUAUUUGGCUAAGGUGUAUGUAAACUUCUGACUUCAACUGUAUCUGUUUGGACUUCUUGUGGUCAGUUUGCGGUCUACAAAUUAGUUGUAAUUAUAUUCUGGCCCCCUGACCAUUUGCUCAAGAAAAAAAUAUGCCCACGGCUGAAUGUGGUUGAUGAUCCCUGCCCUCAACUGUCCCUGGCAAAUGUCAACGUACAGAAAUAGGUUGUUAGUUUCUCUACCUAAUACAAAUGUUGUAUAGUUGGUGUUGGUUGUACGGAUACGAAACGUUUGUUUGGUUUUAUUUGAUCAUUGGAGAUACACAUUCAUCCAUAACUACUAAUGAUUACCUCUCACAUAGAAACAGAACAUUUAACUUCAUUCUCUAGUAUUGUCAGUUACAUGUUUCCCUUCAACUGUACUAAUAUGAACAGUAUUCCUCUUUUAGAAUAGUAUAAAUGGCUGUCCUUGUCUUCUAAACACAGGUCUGAAACUGCCCGAUUUCCAGGACUCCAUUUUCGAGUACUUCAACACCUCUCCCCUGGCCCACGACCUGACGUUCAGAGUGAGUGUCUCUCUGCACGUCUUUCUGUCCCCCCGUCACAUGUCCGUAACAAACCUUAACAGCCACUGUCUCGCCAUCUCUGUGUGUAUCGGUGGUGACAGGCAGGUGGGAGUUGAUACAUAUAUUUCAGAGGGUGGGGGACUUGGCAUGGCUGGUUUCCCACUGGGCACCCUACUAGACAGGAAGUCAGAAUGCACACGGCAUUGCAGACAGCUCCCAUGCGGUUAAAUUAAUACAGACUCUUACACACAGACAUAAACAGACGCGCAGACAGACAGACAGACUGGCUGGCUGGCUGGCUGGCUGGCUGGCUGGCUGGCUGGCUGGCUGGCUGGCGCUGUUGUCACACUCGCAUAGUCACACAAUUAUAAACAAGACAUGCACACAUUUAUACACACACACGCACUGAAAUCCUUAAAAAGAGAGACCCUGAUUUGAGGUACACACAGGCAUCCAACACAGUUCAAAAUGCAAAAGUGCCAAGCUCCGGAGUUCAUAUCACCAUGCCCUCUGAUGUACUCAAAUCACCUCAUCACCCCAAAGAACUUCAAAGGUGUGGAGGGGGGAAGCAAGCAGUAUCAUACUUCCUGACCCUCCACCCCACAGAAUAAAUCGGGGUUAUUUUACCAAUCAGCACACGGUAACCUGAUGCAGCCACCACGGUUUGGACAGGAUCUGCUGCUAAUGGGCCAAAGUUAUGAGAAGGGCUCAAGGCCACAAAGGAACUACAACCGGAGUGAGUAGAGGGACAAGAAAGCUUGCCGUGACCUGAACUUAAUGAGAGAGAGAAGAUAGUUUGGUCUAUCAGCUGCUAACUGCUUCUCACUUUUAACACCACGAGUGCACGUGGCUUUGUGGUCGAAAGAACUUGCUGCUCAACGCCACCGUGAACCUGGGGGUUUUUCACCACCCAGCUGCCUCAAGGUUGUAAAAAUAGGGAUUAGUCAGCGUUGAAGCCGCUAGGUCAGCGUAAAGGCCCCAGAAGACCUGAUUCAGUGUUGGUUUAGAGGAAACUGCUUGUGUUGAAGGGGCCAUUUUUGGCUUAGUUCCCUCAAUUUUCUCAGGGCCAUAAAUUGACACAGGAUAAACCAUUGGAAGCGGUGGUCAAAGCAUGUGCUCGCAGUAAACCCUGUUGAAUGACCUUGUCAACUCUGGCCCCCCUUGUGUUCUUGUUCUGCAAAAGAACACCCAUAAACCCCCGAAAAACCUGUGCUUUUAUUUAUUUUUGUCCCUCUCGUGUGUCACCCUUCCAAAAAAGGAAUCGGUCUCGUCCUCGUCCGCGUCCUCUCUGCUAGCAUUUUGGGAUGAAGUAAGUUGUCUCCUCAGAGCUCCUUCCCCCAUUUUCUCAGUUAACCUCUAACACAGGGGGGUUGUGCUGCCAGCAUACAAAAAGGUUGGGAGAAAAUAUAGAGGUUUCUCCAGGUAUGUUGCCCUGUUUUUAGCAAUUAGCCGUUAUCCAUUGGCAUGCUAAUAUGGGCUAAUACUUAAGCUUCUUGUCUCUUAUGGUACUGUGCAUGAUACUCUUGUAGUUUAAACUUUUCCUAGUAUUUCUAUUGUUACUAUUGUGAACAGGCUAGCUCCUACACGUUCAGUGGAAUAAAAUUACUAUGAUUAGCACAGUUUGUAGCUAAUGCUAAUUUAGCUAGAAGAAUUAAAGUUAUGCUAAAGUAGGCCUUUUCAUAGCUGGUGGCACUCUCCUCCUGUAGGUAACCUUCCCCUAAGCCCCUGCAUAGCUUAUGUUGGGCGCUAAAAGGUUCGCGAGCAGCUCCUCUAGAAUGUGCUUCCGCAUUAGCAUCCCCAACGUUAGCAUUAACCAGCCCUCUAACUGCUAAUACUGCUAACGUCAGAAUUCCUCAGUGGUAUAACCAGUCACCUCACAAAACCCUGUUAAGCAUUAGCAUAUUUGUUAGCUGCCUCCAUAACUAACGAAGAACCAAAGCUAAUUAACCCUAAGACGACACAAUGAGAAUAUUGAUGAGCAAGACCUUUUUCAGUGUGUGUGUGUGUCUUUAGCCAGUGAUUGAGUGGGAGGAUAUAGAACCUUCCCGUAAUUUUAGUUGAAUUAAAAGAUGAUUAGCGUGGAUCCCAAAUUACCUCCAUGAUUUCUCCUUAUUUUGUCAAUCUUUUAUUUUAAUUGUAUAUAUAUAUAUUUUUUUUUUACCUUAUCUGUGACAUUGUUAGGCUAUAAGUGUUCGAUGUAGGCUACAUAACAUUUGAGUUGAUGUAAAGAAUCACAUUUAAAAUAACAAUAUUAUGUUUAUGGUAAGUAUUGUUUAUAAUUUCAAUGUGUCAUCUGUUAACUCAUUGUUAGACUCUUAAGUGGACCGUACACUGAAAGUUUCUUACAACACAGUCUAGUAGACCAUGAAAAUACUGUAUGAUGAAAUGAAUUGUGUGUAACACAGUAUACUGUUCCUAUUAGGUUUGUGACAUGUUAAAAGUGUCCUGUAUUUUUGUUUUAUUCACAAAACCACUUCAGCUCGAUACCUUUCCCGAGUAUGCCUUCAUGAUGGUGAAAUACUAUACUAAGUCGGAAGUUUACAUACACUUAAACUCGUUUUUCAACCACUCCAAAAAUGUAUUGUUAACAAACUAUAGUUUUGGCAAGUUGCUUAGGACAUCUACUUUGUGCAUGACAAAAUACAUUUAUCCAACAAUUGUUUACAGACAGAUUAUUUCACUUAUAAUUAACUGUAUCACAAUUCCGGUGGGUCAGAAGUUUACAUAAACUAAGUUGACUGUGCCUUUAAACAGCUUGGAAAAUUCCAGAAAAUGAUGUCAUGGCUUUAGAAGCUUCUGAUAGGCUAAUUGACAUCAUUUGAGUCAAUUGGAGGUGUACCUGUGGAUGUAUUUCAAGGCCUACCUUCAAACUCAGUGCCUCUUUGCUUGACAUCAUGGGAAAACCAAAAGAAAUCAGCCAAGGCCUCAGGAAAAAAAUUGUAGACCUCCACAAGUCUGGUUCAUCCUUGGGAGCAAUUUCCAAACGCCUGAAGGUACCACGUUCAACUGUACAAACAAUAGUAUGCAAGUAUAAACACCAUGACGCAGCCGUCAUACCGCUCAGGAAGGAGACGCGUUCUGUCUCCUUGAGAUGAACGUACUUUGGUGCGAAAAGUGCAAAUAAAUCCCAGAACAACAGCAAAGGACCUUGUGAAGACGCUGGUGGAAACGGGUACAAAAGUAUCUAUCUCCACAGUAAAACAAGUCCUAUAUCGACAUAACCUGAAAGGCCGCUCAGCAAGGAAUAAGGCACUGCUCCAAAACCGCCAUAAAAAAGACAGACUACGGUUUGCAACUGCACAUGGGAACAAAGAUCGUACUUUUUGGAGAAAUGUCCUCUGGUCUGAUGAAACAAAAAUAGAACUGUUUGGCCAUAAUGACCAUCGUUAUGUUUGGAGGAAAAACUGGAAUGCUUGCAAGCCGAAGAACACCAUCCCAACCGUGAAGCACGGGGGUGGCAGCAUCAUGCUGUGAGGGUGCUUUGCUGCAGGAGGGACUGGUGCACUUCACAAAAUAGAUGGCAUCAUGAGGAAGGAAAAUUAUGUGGAUAUAUUGGAGCAACAUCUCAAGACAUCAGUCAGGAAGUUAAAGCUUGGUCGAAUGGACAAUGACCCCAAGCAUACUUCCAAAGUUGUGGCAAAAUGGCUUAAGGACAACAAAGUCAAGGUAUUGGAGUGGCCAUCACAAAGCCCUGACCUCAAUCCUAUAGAAAAUUUGUGGGCAUAACUGAAAAAGCGUGUGCGAGCAAGGAGGCCUACAAACCUGACUCAGUUACAGCAGCUCUGUCAGGAGGAAUGGGCCAAAAUUCACCCAACUUAUUGUGGGAAGCUUGUGGAAGACUACCCGAAAUGUUUGACCCAAUUUAAAGGCAAUGCUACCAAAUACUAAUUGAGUGUAUGUAAACUUCUGACCCACUGGGAAUGUGAUGAAAGAAAGAAAAGCUGAAAUAAAUCAUUCUCUCUACUAUUAUUCUGACAUUUCACAUUCUUAAAAUAAAGUGGUGAUCCUAACUGACCUAAAACAGGGAAUUUUUACUAGGAUUAAAUGUCAGGAAUUGUGAAAAACUGAGUUUAAAUGUGUUUGGCUAAGGUGUAUGUCAACUUCUGACUUCAACUGUAUAUGGCCAAUAUACCACGGCUAAGGGCUGUGUCCAGGCACUCCGCGAUGCGUCGUGCAUAAGAACAGCCCUUAGCCGUGGUAUAUUGGCCAUAUACCACACCCCCCUCGUGCCUUAUUGCUUAAGUAUAGCAUUGGCAGUUCCUCUGUGUGUGAGUUGAUACAGGUGUUGUUGAGAUGUGUCCCCUCCCUCAGAUACUGACACAAUUUCAUCAAAACACAUUUUUGUACAUGGGGAACGCAAAUAUUCAAGGAGGGGAACGCAUCUUGACUCAACACAGGCAUCGAGAGAUGGGCACUUAGCACCACCUGCUGGCUGCCUAAUGCUCCCUUCAGCCCCCCAUCAGAUAGAAAUGAACCACUGAUACAGGGUCAGCUAUAUUUUAACGCCCUAACGGAUUGGUGAUUGGCUAGUCUGAUUCUAGAGCUGUGGAUAAGCACAACCUCAAGCAUGCCUCCUAGUUCUAUAGUUGUCAGUGCUGGUGACCCUAGUGUGUGUUUCUCAGCUUAUAGCAAACGCAAACAUCUCCGCCCAGUACACACACACUCAUCUGUCCCGUCAUCCCUCUCCCUCCUCCAGACCAGCUCUGUCAGUGAGAUAGACGCCACGCCCCAGAAGUCGGACGUCCCCUCCUCGUCGCCCUCCGUGUCCUCUGAGCAGGAUGUGAGUGUUCCAUCGCGCACACAAAAACACACACAAACACACACACACACACACACACACUUCCGUUCAUAUCGCACAUCCCUCCCAGACAUCCUUUCUCCAGACGUUCCCUAUGUCUCAUCCCAGUUCAAAUCACAUUCUAUUUGUCACAUGCUUGGUAAACAACAGGUGUAGACUAACAGUGAAAUGCUCACUGACACGCCUUUCCCAUCAAUGCAGAGAGAAAGAAAACAGAGAAAUAAUAGGAAAGUAAUAACAUGUAAUAAAUAAAUACGCCCGUCACCAUUGUACAAUUUAAUAUUUUACUGUUUGCUAUGAUUCACAAUGCCUAUUGUUCAUUUUAACAGGGUAGCUUAGUGGUUAAGAGCGUAGUGCCAGUAAUCGUAAGGUCACUGGUUCUAAUCCCCGAGCCGACUAGGUGAAAAAUCUGUCUGUGCCCUUGAACAAUGCAUUUAACCCUAAUUGCUCCUGUAAGUCGCUCUGGAUAAGAGCGUCUGCUAAAUGACAAAAAUGUAAAAAUGUUGUAACCAUUGAUUUAUAUAUACACUGGAUGACUGGUAGAGGGCGCUGUGUUGAAGCCACCGUGCCUCCAUCUUCGCACUCCCCCACACCAUUGUAAAAAAAAAAAAAAAAAAAGAAUAUAUUUUUGCCACAUUAAUUCUAUUACAGACAUCUUAAAUGCACACUUUUAAAUUAUAUUAUCUGAACUAAACAUACAAAUUUAACAUAAAAUCAUAUUUCCUGAAAGUAUAAUUGUUUUGAGAUUACUAAUAUUACUGUCCUCACUACAACACAAAUAGAUGUAAUAUUGUCCUUGAAACAUUUAAUUCAAAACCUCUCAAUGGCCAAUACGUAGCAUCAGCAAUCCAGGGUUCAUCAUUCGUUGAAACUCACUGUCAAUAUAGGAAAAGAGGUAAAAUGCAGGGCAAUUUUUACAAAGUAUGAAUUAAAUGCAUCUCCAGAAGUAAAAAUGGACCCCCUUGCUGAUUGUUAGCUAAUUGAAUGACUCUCUUGUCCCAGUAAAGCAUAGUGCGUGUUUUUAAAGUAUAGAACCAGGGUCACGUUCAUUAAGGCACGCAAUGGAAAACGUUUUGCAACGGAAAACAAAAAUUAGUUUCUUAUUGGGCAACUCAAUGUAGUCCCUCCCUGCUUCAGUAGAUGUUAUUUCAUUUGGUGCCUAAUGAACCCAGCGCUGUCCUCUCCCCAGUUUGACCUGUUGACCUUUAAACUUUAACCCCUCUCCCACAGGAGCCAGUCCCCAAGCCCCCUGCUGUUACCCCUACCGCCCCCUCCCCUGUCUAUCAGACAUCGCUGCUGACCACACCAAAGGUACCACCUGGCCCCACACACACACACACCCCCGCUCUCACACAUUGAAAACAACAUGCUCCCGCAUAUGUGCCACCACGCAUACUCAUAGAAUAAUUUGACACAAACACACACACGCUGUCAGCUAGUCUGUAACACUUGGAUAUAUGUUCUGUGUUCUUAACUCUCUCUUCUUGUGUGUGUGUGUGUGUGUGUGUGUCUGCAGCCCAAAGCUCACCAGCUGAGCAUCAAGAACUUCUCUAGCCCCACCCAGUGCACCCACUGCACCUCCUUGAUGGUGGGUCUCAUCCGCCAGGGCUACGCCUGUGAAGGUGAGCGUCAGACACACACGACCACCCUCUUGGUCGCCUUUGUCGGUUAUUUGGGGGACUGGGGAGAUUGUGGGCGGCAUUUUCCUACCGCAAACACACCACUCGCUAUAAACGGACUGUAAUGUUUUGACUGAAUGGGAGAUCUGAAAGGGAAACUGCACCUUGUGAUGACUGCAUGUAUCUUGUGGAGACGAAUACUCACGCAUGGUCGAACUCUGAGCCCAGCUAUCUCGGAGAUCUCUCGGAUGAGCGAGAUAUCAGAGGGGAGAGAGAGCGAUAGCUCUAGCUCGUAUCUCCUUCUCUCUCUCUCUCUCUCUUCUCUCUCUUUCUCUUCUCUCUCUCUCUCUCUAUCUCUCUCUCUCUCUCUCUCUCUCUCUCUCUCUCUCUCUCUCUCUCUCUCUCUCUCUCUCUCUCCAGUGUGCUCCUUCAUCUGCCAUGUAACUUGUAAGGACAACGCUCCCCUGGUGUGCCCCAUCCCCCCUGAGCAGGCCAAGAGGCCUCUGGGCAUUGACGUACAGAGGGGCAUCGGCACCGCCUACAAGGGCUUCGUCAGGGUGAGCACUGCACACUUAGUGACAGGUUAUCACCAUAGAAAUAGAAUGACAACAGCGUUCAUUCCUGCGGCCAUAUUGAGUGUACCCUAAGUGUGCAGUCAGAGGUUUUCCCAUUCUAGUCAUUAUAAUUCUAUGAUUACAUCAUGCUCUUGGCUGUGAAGUUUCAGAGCAUCAUUUAGUUUCAUGGUGAUACGCUAAUAUCUUCCUUAAAUGUUGUUGCUUUGAUGUAAUCACGACAUCUCAAUUCUGUUCAGCUUAACAAGAUAGGAAAGUGUGAUGUACAUUUUAUUGGAAUUGAACAACACUGAAGCAUGCAUGAGAGCACCAGCUGUUCCGGACGACUGUGUGAUCACGCUCUCCGUAGCCGAUUUGAGCAAGACCUUUAAACAGGUCAACAUUCACAAGGCCGCAGGGCCAGACGGAUUACCAGGGGUGUGUACUCAGAGCAUGCGCGGACCAACUGGCAAGUGUCUUCACUGACAUUUUCAACCUCUCCCUGACCCAGGCUGUAAUACCCAUAUGUUUCAAGCAGACCACCAUAGUCCCUGUGCCCAAGAAUGCGAAGGUAACCUGCCUAAAUGACUACCGCCCCGUAGCACUCACGUCGGUAGCCAUGAAGUGCUUUGAAAGGCUGGUCAUGGCUCACAUCAUCCCAGAAACCCUAGACCCACUCCAAUUCGCAUACUGCCCCAACAGUUUCACAGAUGACGCAAUCACAAUCGCACUCCACACUGCCCUUUCCCACCUGGACAAAAGGAACACCUAUGUGAGAAUGCUGUUCAUUGACUACAGCUCAGCGUUCAACACCAUAGUGCCCACAAAGCUCAUCACUAAGCUAAGGACCCUGGGACUAAACACCUCCCUCUGCAACUGGAUCCUGGACUUCCUGACGAGCCGCCCUCAGGUGAUAAGGUUAGGCAACAAUACAUCAACCACGCUGAUCCUCAACACCGGGGCCCCUCAGGGGUGCGUGCUUAGUCCCCUCCUGUACUCCCUGUUCACCCACGACCGUGUGGCCAAGCACGACUCCAACACCAUCAUUAAGUUUGCUGAUGACACAACAGUGGUAGGCCUGAUCACCGACAAUGAUGAGACAGCCUAUAUGGAGGAGGUCAGAGACCUGGCAUGGUGGUGUGAGCAAGACAAAGGAGAUGAUCGUGGACUACAGGAAAAGGAGGGCUGAACAGGCCCCCAUUAACAUUGACGGGGCUGUAGUGGAGCAUGUAGAGAGUUUCAAGUUCCUUGGUGUCCACAUCACCAACAAACUAUCAUGGUCCAAACACACCAAAAGGGCACGACAACACCUUUUUGUCAUGGGUCCCCAGAUCCUCAAACUUUUCUACAGCAGCACCAUCAAGAGCAUCCUGACCGGUUGCAUCACCGCCUGGUAUGGCAACUGCUCGGCAUGCGACCGUAAGGCGCUACAGAGGGUAGUGCGUACGGCCCAAUACAUCCAGGACCUCUAUACUAGGUGGUCAGAGGAAGGCCCAAAAAAUUGUCAAAGACUCCAGUCACCCAAGUCAUAGACUGUUCUCUCUGCUACCGCACGGCAAGCGGUACCGGAGCGCCAAGUCUAGGUCCAAAAGCCUCCUUAACAGCUUUUACCCCCAAGCAAUAAGACUGCUUAACAAUUAAUCAAACGGCCACCUGGACUAUUUACAUUGACACCUACCCCCUCCCUUUAUUUUUACACUGUUGCUACUCACUGUUUAUUAUCAUAGUCACUUUACCCCUACCUACAUGUACAAACUACCUCUACUAACCUGUACCCCUGCACAUUGAAUCGGUACCGGUACCCCCUGUAUAUAGCCUCGUAAUUAUGUAAUUUUAUUGUGUUAAUCUUUAGUUUUACUUUAGUUUAUUUAGUAAAUAUUUUCGUAACUAUUUAUUGAACUGCAUUGUUGGUUAAGGGCUUGUAAGUAAGCAAUACACGGUGAGGUCUACCUACACCUGUUGUAUUCGGUGGAUGUGACAUAAAAUGUGAUUUUGAUUUUAACAUGAACAGACCUCUAAAUUGAAAAGUUGCUGCUCUGCCCUCUCCGUCAGAUCCCCAAGCCCACAGGGGUGAAGAAGGGCUGGCAGCGGGCGUACGCCGUGGUCUGUGACUGUAAGCUCUUCCUGUACGAGGUGCCGGAGGGCAAGUCCACCCAGCCGGGCGUGGUGACCAGUCAGGUCCUGGACCUCAGGUAGGACUACUAUGUUGGGGUGAAGGGUGUUUGUGUGUGGGAGAUGGAAGGAGGGAGAUGAAGGGUGUGCGAUAGGACUGGCACGAUAAUUGUAUAACCAAGUAACUGACAAUUAUGGAUGAAGACGUGAGUAAAAUAACUGUCCCUACCGCUCUAAUACAUUCAUUUUAGAUUAUUUUUAAGUAAAUAUGUCCGAUAUACACAAUAGCAGUAGUGUAAAUGAAUGACUAUUAUAAACAAGUGCUUUUCUACCUUAAUCCGUGAUCUCCUGCCUCCUUCAACAUGCGCUCUCUCCUUAAAAAUGCGCUCCCUUUGAUGCUGUAAAGUUAGCAUGAUCUGUAGCCUAGUAUGCAGAGUGCUCUGGCGAAUACGUUUAUCCAGUUUACAAAGAUGCCAAAAUAAUGCUAAAAGCCAUAAUAUAUUGCUGAAGUUAACGAUCAAGUGUCAUUUUGUAGACUUUACCCUUUGCCAAAGUUUCUAAAAAUUGUGUUGUUUAGGAGUGCAAAGGCAAAUUGAAUUAUUGCACACGCGCACUUCACAGAGUAGGCGUUCCCUAAGGGAAAUAUGCAAAUAAAUGCUUGAACAUGCCAAUAGGAAUCUCACUAGCUCGUGCUUGGCUCUGCCCACUUCUCUUGUUCUGCACACUAUGAUUAAUUUGCUCCCAUUGGAAACGACAGGAUGUGGUCUAUCUUGGGCCAGUUAUACACAUCUUUGACUACGUGCUACUGCUGCUGCCAAGCAGACGGAGAGUAGAGGAGAAAAUGUUCAUGCUUUAAUUUUGCUAUUUCAAUGGUUAUAACCGUGACGUGGACAUUUGCCUGACAAAUAACGAUUACCCCAAAAUUCCAUAACGUCACAGCCCUGCUGUGUGUGUUUGUUUGGGGUGUGUGUGUGUGUGUUUGUAACACUGUGUUCUGUGUAUGUCCACAGAGAUGAGGAGUUUUCCGUCAGCUCUGUCCUGGCCUCGGACGUCAUCCACGCCACCCGCAAAGACGUUCCCUGCAUAUUCAGGGUGAGCUCUGAACUGCUGUAUGAAAAGCGCUUUGUGAAUAAAGUUAUUAUGUUGACGCCUGUAUAAUUUCAUUGUAAUCUGUGUGAGAGAACCCGAUAAAUGAUCUUGAAAUAAAGUUACAUCUAAAGGAUGUUAAAACUACUUGUGAGUUACUAUGGAAAGUUAUGGUGUAUCAUAAUUAUCAUUAUAACCCUUUAUGUGGAAAAACGUUAUUAUAUUGAUUACUGUACAAUUUUAUUAUAGUCUAUUGCUACUAUGUGAUGAUGUUUCCUAUGUGAGAAAACCCAAUGACAAACGUGAAAUAAUAAUCAUACAUGGCUUUUAUAUAGCACUUUUCAAGGACCCAAAGUUGCAAUUAUUAUUAACCCGAGCCCUCCCUCUCUCUCUGACUCAGGAGUUACUAUGGAACCUUAUAGUCAGUGUUACGACACACAAAUGUAUCAUAAUGCAUUAUAAACCUGGCCCUCUCUGUCCAUCAGGUGACGUCGUCCCUGCUGAGCUCGCCGGCGGGUGCCGUCUCUCUGCUGGUGCUGGCUGAGAGCGAGGCGGAGAAGAAGAAGUGGAUGGGCAUCCUGGAGGGCCUGCAGAGCAUCCUGGCCAAGAACCGCCUCAGGAACCGCGUGGUGCACGCCCUGCACGAGGCCUACGACUCCUCGCUGCCCGCCAUCAAGACCACGCUCUGCGCGGCCAUCGUCGGUGAGUUGGGGAACUACUGAAGAGACUGAAACAUUUCCCUCUCGCAAACACACCGUAACAUUUCAGAUCGACCGAAUGAGUGAAAUUAUAAUCUGUACUGGAUGAGUGAAAUUAUAAUCUGUACUGGAUGAGUGAAAUUAUAAUCUGUACUGGAUGAGUGAAAUUAUAAUCUGUACUGGAUGAGUGAAAUUAUAAUCUGUACUGGAUGAGUGAAAUUAUAAUCUGCAGUGUAAGUAAUGUUGUAACUUUUCUGUGACAAUUUCUGUGAGGGAGGAAGUUUCAUUGUUUUUGUAGUGGGCACACGCAAAACACAGAAUGCAAUCGCAAAUUGCAGUUUGAGAUCUCAGUUUAUUAAAAAUAUGAUGGUGCGUUUACUCAAACGCGUGUGUUUGCGAGAGGUGUUGCUGUGUGUGUGGAGGAUGGCAGUGGGAGAGAGCGUGAGGCAUACGACUCUGUCUGCCAUGAAGACCACACCCUCCAUAAUCAGUGAGUCCGGGGACAGUGGGCCUCAUUUAUCAUGAGCAGCACAAAUGUGUGUGGAAAUCUUUAUUUUAUUUUUUUAUUUUUUACGAUUUCUGUUUAGCAGCUGGAACAGGUCAAUUAACGAUUUUCAAAGUGUAAGAAACAUUAGUAAAAUCUGUUGUGGGUUUUGUUUGUGUUUUUCAUUUUUUUAACAAAUGUAACGUACAGUGUAUGGAAAAAGUGAGGGAGGGAGGGAGGGAGGGAGGGAGAGAGAGAGGGAGAGAGGGAGAGAGAAUCAGAGACUGUGUUGACUGCUCCUCUGUCUCCCUGCAGAUCGAGAGCGUAUCGCCCUGGGAACAGAGGAAGGCCUGUUUGUAGUGGAGGUCACCAGAGAUGGUAAGAACAUACCUAUCCCACAUCUGGUCAUAUCCACUCAUAGGGCGUUUUCACAUAUGACAUUCGGUACCCUGGUAUUGUUCUGAAAAUUCGACCAAAUAUAUUUAGCCUUAAAAAUUAAUAAAUAAAAUGCACUUUCCACAUGACGUUAGCAAGCUAGCUUGUUUACAAUGGGCGAAAAAGUUCCACGCGACUUGCACUGAAUUGUAACAGGACAUGGUGCUCUGGUCCGGGAUCUGGAACCCACCACUCGGCCAGGUCCAGGAUUUGUUUCAGCCAGGGUUCGUUUACGUUUCACAAAUGCUCUAUAGUGCAGAUCAUCAGGGUACCAAAUGCUCCAUCAUCCGGACAUUACAUGGAUAUGUGACAGCCCCCAUAGAGGCUCAUAUGAUAACAGCAUGCAGACUCCUCCAUGCAGAAGAAAAGUCAUGUUUUUAGAUUUCUUUCAUUUCCAACAUGUAUCUUGACUCAGAUUUCUUUCUUCAUCCUAAGACUAUUUCUCCAUGGUCUUUCCUCGAUUCCUCACCUCCUCUCUCCUCGCUUCCUCUCUCUUCGGUUCCUUCUAAAAAUGCAUUGGUGGAGAAUCCAAAGUCCCUUUCAUCGGACCUUCUCCUCCAUUUGGUUUUUAGAAGGGGGGGAGACUGAAAUCAAGGAGAGAAAGUGUCGACAAUUCGGAAUCAACCAUCUAUCAUCUUGCCUAUUGACUCACAAAUCACCAUUUGUGAUUCCUUUCAACACACUAUGAUUCUCUGUGUGUCAUUUGGCCCUACCACCUCCCCUGUUGACUCCCCCUUCUCUCCCCUCUUCAGUGAUCGUGCGGGCGGCCGACUGCAAGAAGGUGCACCAGAUGGAGCUGAUCCCCAAAGAGAAGAUGGUGGCCCUGCUGUGUGGACGCAACCGACACGUGCACCUGCACCCCUGGGGGGUGCUGGAGGGGGCCGAGGCGGCCUUCGACAUCAAGCUGACAGAGACCAAGGGCUGCCAGGCACUGACCACGGGCGUGCUGCGCCCCGGGGGACCCGCCUGCCUGCUGGCUGCCGUCAAGCGACAGGUCACUGUUUUAUUUAUUGAUUUACCUGUUUACACAUGCAGACAAACGGUGCCAAAAGCACUAAUAAGAGUUCCAAUACAAAACAUGUCAAAUGAAGAAAUGGAUCUCAUAUCGACCCCAUUUCAAAACAAACAAUUUAUAAAGGGUGCAUUCAUAAAGUCUUCAUAAGCACUGCGUAGUCUUCAUAAGCACUGCGUAGAUGCUUCGCAAAUCGUUAAUAAGCAAACUCCUACUAGCUACAUCAAGACUGAUUAUAAAAGGUCCUUUCCAUCUGCUGCUUUGCCAGAACGUAAGUAGUAACGUCUCCUCAACUUCUCUCCCCCUUCACCAGGUGCUGUGCUAUGAGAUCACCCGGGCCAAGCCGCACCACCGCAAGCUGUGGGAGGUGCAGGCCCCAGGGGUGGUCCAGUGGCUGGGCAUGGUGCGCGAACGCCUGUGCGUGGGCUACCCCUCGGGCUUCGCCCUGCUGGCCCUCCAGGGCGAGUCGUCGCCCGUCAGCCUGGUGAGCCCCGGGGACCAGUCGCUAGCCUUCCUGGCCCAGCAGCCCCUGGACGCGCUGCAUGCCCUGGAGGUGGGCACGGCCGAGCUGUUACUCUGCUUCAGCCAGCUGGGGAUCUACGUGGACCCCACGGGGAAGAGGAGCAGGGCCCAGGAACUGAUGUGGCCCGCCACGCCGCUCGCCUGCAGUACGUCACGCUUUGGUUUUGUUUUGAGUGGUUGCGUUGAGUUUGGGUUAGGCAAGUUUUGGAGAACAAAUGCAGCUGGUCUAGCGGUGAUGCAGAAGUCUCCGGCACAUGUCGGCAUAGGUUGGAAUCCAGCCUACUGUCCUUGCACACAACCCUCCCUCUAUCUUUCCUCACAGUCAUCCUCUAUCUCUAUCUGUUCAAUACAAUCAGAAAAUACCUUCAAAUAUAUAUUUUUAAACAAAUGCAGGAUUACAUGCAAUUGUAAAACAGCAGAUAAAACGAUCUCUAUAGGCUUGGGCGAUAUAUAUCGUUCAUACCGGGGUAUUUCUUAAUACCGACGGUAUGAAUUUCAGUACCGUUAAAAAAUAUAUAGACUUGCGUGGUCUGUGCGGGUUGUUGUUGUUGUUGAAAUAGCACCCCUUGUGUGCACUUUAAGUAAUACUGUAUACCCCGGUAUGGUAUUGAAACGGUAUGACAGUAUUAAAAUCUGGAUACCGCCCAACCCUAACAAUCUCUAUCAUUGGUAGUGAUUGAGACACCUUAGAACGACCUAUGUAGAAUGCCUGAAUGCAUUCACAAUACAUUACACCCAGAAACUGUUAGCUAUCCAACUCUGAAGUCCUUCUGCUAAGUGGCACAACAUAUUUUGAAGGGGCACUGAAAGACAUUCAAUAUUGUUAAAACAUUUAAAAGAAGGUAAAAAAUAAACUGUAUCUAGUAUAUUGUAUCCUACAAAUGUAUCAAGUUGUGGAGGCCUCUGUGAUUGGUCAGCGUUUCUCUCCUGUGGUGUCCGUCAGGUUCCAGCUCCUCCUACCUUACGGUGUACAGCGAGUAUGGGGUGGAUGUGUUCGACAUCCACACCACCGAGUGGGUCCAGACCAUUUCACUGAGGAAGGUAAAAGCAGGGCUGUCCCGCCCAUACAACAGUCUGGGCUCAGUCUAAUAACCCAUAAUGGGGUGUCUUGGUGAGUGAGUGAAUGCGAGGAUGCAUGUUCUAAUCUUGGGUGUGUGUGUGUGUGGGGGGAGUGAAUGUGUGUGUGUGUGUGUGUGUGCAUGAAUGAAUGAAUGAAUGGAGUGUCUGUGUGCACUUGUGUAUAUAUGCCCCUGAUCUGUAGAGUGUCUUGGUGUAACCCUGACCCUCAGAUAAGGCCUCUGAAUGUGGAGGGCAGUCUGAACCUGCUGGGCUCUGAACAACCACGCCUCAUCUACUUCAGCAACAACUCCACAGGUGCAAAUACACCUCAAUAUACGCACUACAUAUAUAUACCCCAAAUACACUCAUCUAUAUCUCAAUAUACGCACUACAUAUAUACCCCAAAUACACUCACCUAUAUCUCAAUAUACUCACUACAUAUUACAGACCCAAAUACCACUACAAACUAUAUCACUACAAUAAACCAAAAUACUCACUACAUAUAUACAAACCCCAAGACACUAACUCAAUAUAUCACUACAUAUACCCCAAUACACACUACCAAUAUACUACCAUACCCCCAAAUACACUCACCAUAGAUCGCAAUAAUACGCACUACAAUAUACCCAAUACAAUACACCCACCAUAUCUCAAUAACUACUCACUACAUAUAUACCCCCAAUACACUCAAAACGACAUAAGACCCAAGACACUCACUAUAUCAAUAUCUCACACAAACCCCAAUACACUCAAUAUAUCUCAAUAUACCAAUACAUACCCCAAUAAACUACACAAUACCACAAUAACAAUAACUCAUAUACUCACUACAUAUAACCCCAUACACCAAACACUCACCAUAUCUCAAUAUACUCACUACAUAUAUACCCCAAACACUCUAAUCUCAAUAACUCAUACAUAUAUACCCCAAAUACACCCAUAUCCAAUACUCACACAGAUAUACCCCAAAUACACUCACCUACAAACUCACACUAUAUACAAAUACACUGACUUAUCUCAUAUACUUUACAUAUAUACCCCAAUACACUCCACUAUCUCAAUAUACCACUACAUAAUACCCCAUACACUCACCUAUAUCUCAUCUAUAUCUCAAUAUACUCACUAAUACCGUGAGGGAAAAAAGUAUUUGAUCCCCUGCUGAUUUUGUACGUUUGCCCACUGACAAAGAAAUGAUCAGUCUAUAAUUUUAAUGGUAGGUUUAUUUGAACAGUGAGAGACAGAAUAACAACAACAAAAUCCAGAAAAACCCAUGUCAAAAAUGUUAUAAAUUGAUUUGCAUUUUAAUGAGGGAAAUAAGUAUUUUACCCCCUCUCAAUCAGAAAGAUUUCUGGCUCCCAGGUGUCUUUUAUACAGGUAACGAGCUGAGAUUAGGAGCACACUCUUAAAGGGAGUGCUCCUAAUCUCAGCUUGUUACCUGUAUAAAAGACACCUGUCCACAGAAGCAAUCAAUCAAUCAGAUUCCAAACUCUCCACCAUGGCCAAGACCAAAGAGCUCUCCAAGGAUGUCAGGGACAAGAUUGUAGACCUACACAAGGCUGGAAUGGGCUACAAGACCAUCGCCAAGCAGCUUGGUGAGAAGGUGACAACAGUUGGUGUGAUUAUUCGCAAAUGGAAGAAACACAAAAUAACUGUCAAUCUCCCUCGGCCUGGGGCUCCAUGCAAGAUCUCACCUCGUGGAGUUGCAAUGAUCAUGAGAACGGUGAGGAAUCAGCCCAGAACUACACGGGAGGAUCUUGUCAAUGAUCUCAAGGCAGCUGGGACCAUAGUCACCAAGAAAACAAUUGGUAACACACUACGUCGUGAAGGACUGAAAUCCUGCAGCGCCCGCAAGGUCCCCCUGCUCAAGAAAGCACAUAUACAGGGCCGUCUUAAGUUUGCCAAUGAACAUCUGAAUGAUUCAGAGGAGAACUGGGUAAAAGUGUUGUGGUCAGAUGAGACCAAAAGCGAGCUCUUUGGCAUCAACUCAACUCGCUGUGUUUGGAGGAGGAGGAAUGCUGCCUAUGACCACAAGAACACCACCCCCACCGUCAAACAUGGAGGUGGAAACAUUAUGCUUUGGGGGUGUUUUUCUGCUAAGGGGACAGGACAACUUUACCGCAUCAAAGGGACGAUGGACGGGGCCAUGUACCGUCAAAUCUUGGGUGAGAACCUCCUUCCCUCAGCCAGGGCAUUGAAAAUGGGUCGUGGAUGGGUAUUCCAGCAUGACAAUGACCCAAAACACAUGGCCAAGGCAACAAAGGAGUGGCUCAAGAAGAAGCACAUUAAGGUCCUGGAGUGGCCUAGCCAGUCUCCAGACCUUAAUCCCAUAGAAGAUCUGUGAAGGGAGCUGAAGGUUCGAGUUGCCUAAGGUCAGUCUCGAAACCUUAAUGACUUGGAGAAGAUCUGCAAAGAGGAUUGGGACAAAAUCCCUCCUGAGAUGUGUGCAAACCUGGAGAUGUGUGUCUGACCUCUGUGAUUGCCAACAAGGGUUUUGCCACCAAGUACUAAGUCAUGUUUUGCAGAGGGGUCAAAUACUUAUUUUCCUCAUUAAAAUGCAAAUCAAUUUAAAACAUUUUUGACAUGCGUUUUUCUGGAUUUUUUUGUUGUUAUUCUGUCUCUCACUGUUCAAAUAAACCUACCAUUAAAAUUAUAGACUGAUUAUGUCUUUGUCAGUGGGCAAACAUACAAAAUCAGCAGGGGAUCAAAUACUUUUUUCCCUCACUGUAUACCCCAAAUACACUCACCUACAUCUCAAUAUACUCACUACAUAUAUACCCCAAUACACUCACCUUUAUCUCAAUAUAUUCACUACAUAUACCCCAAUACAAUCCCCUAUAUCUCAAUAUACUCACUACAUAUAUACCCCAAUACACUCACCUUUAUCUCAAUAUACUCACUACAUAUAUACCCCAAUACACUCACCUUUAUCUCAAUAUACUCACUACAUAUAUACCCCAAUACACUCAACUAUAUCUCAAAUCACGACAUAUUCUUCCUCACUCUCUUUCUCUGUCCGUCCUGCAGAAGGUGACCUGGCCAUCCCGGAGACGUCUGACAACAGUAAGAAGCUUAUGGUGAGGACGCGCAGCAAGAGGAAGUUCCUCUUCAAGGUCCCGGAAGAGGAGAGGCUGCAGCAGAGGAGGUAACCUUCCCCCCCCCCCCCCCCCCACAAUCCCCUUUCAUACUUUUCUUGAUUUGUGGACUGGACAGCCAUAAAGUAGGGAGGGGAGACAGAAAAUAGGGUUUUAGAUGAGGGAGGCUGAGUCGGGGCUUGAACCCCCGUCGCCAGGGGGGCACCACUCGACCAGACUCCAGCACCAGAGGAGGCAACAUUACUCUGUUCACCUUAUACGUCUAACUUCUGACAAUCAUUUCUUAACUUAAGUCAGUCUGUAUACCACCAUUGCAGUGCACUAAUCCAGUACAUCUUGGGGCGGCAGGUAGCCUAGCGGUUGGGCCAGUAACCGAAAGAUCUCUGGUUUGAAUCCCCAAGCCGACUAGAUGAAAAAUCUGUCAAUGUGCCCUUGGGCAAGGCACUUAACCCUAAUUGCUCCUGUAAGUUGCUCUGGAUAAGAUGUUACUAAAUGACUCAAAUGUAACUGUUCACAAUAAUACACACUGACCAUUGUAACCAUGUGUGUUGUGUUGACAGAGAGAUGCUGAGGGACCCUGAGCUGAGGUCCAAGAUGAUCUCCAACCCAAUCAACUUUAACCACGUGGCACACAUGGGCCCCGGCGACGGCAUGCAGGUCCUCAUGGAUCUGCCUCUGGUAAGGGCCACAGCUGGUGCCAAAAUGGCUGCCUCAUACUGUAUUCAUAACCCAUAGAGGUAGUUAUAGGACUCAACUUGGAUAUAACCCAUUUUAGCAUGGACAUUGUCAUUGAGGCACAUUUUCAAACAUCAAAAGGAGAAGAAAAUUGACUACUUUAAAAUGGAGAUAGCCUUAAUGGUGCUGCCCGUGAUGUCACAGACGCCAUAAUGGCAACAGAUACAAAGAUGGGACCUCUUUCCAUCUCUGUCAUAACCCAACUGACGUUGCAGGAAUCAAAAUGGCCUCCCCAACCCCCUUAUAACCUGACUGAUAUUGUAGCAGCCAAAGUGGCUGUCUAUUGCAAAUUAACAGACAUUUGCUGGACCCGGGACGGCAAAUAACCUAACUGAUAUCGCAGGAACCAAAAUGUCUGCCCUGUGAUAACCUUUCUGAAAUUGCGGGUGACAACAUGGCCGCCCCUUAAAACGUAACAAAACAGGAGCCAUAACAGCUGUUUUUUAACGAUCGCAAGACACCCACUGGAGACAAAAUGGUGUCUCCUUGCAUUUUCUGACACUAGCAGCUCCCACUACCAACUCCACAGAAUAGCACUGCUAUCGUACCAUCCUAACUCCACAGAAUAGCACUGCUAUCUUACCAUCCUAACUCCACAGAAUAGCACUGCUAUCCUACCAUCCUAACUCCACACAAUAGCACUGUUAUCCUACCAUCCUAACUCUACAGAAUAGCACUGUUAUCCUACCAUCCUAACUCCACAGAAUAGCACUGUUAUCCUACCAUCCUAACUCCACAGAAUAGCACUGUUAUCCUACCAUCCUAACUCCACAGAAUAGCACUGCUAUCCUACCAUCCUAACUUUACAAAAUAGCACUGCUAUCCUACCAUCCUAACUUCACAGAAUAACACUGCUAUCCUACCAUCCUAACUCCACAGAAUAACACUGCUAUCCUACCAUCCUAACUCCACAGAAUAGCACUGCUAUCCUACCAUCCUAACUCCACAGAAUAACACUGCUAUCCUACCAUCCUAACUCCACAGAAUAGCACUGUUAUCCUACCAUCCUAACUCCACAGAAUAGCACUGUUAUCCUACCAUCCUAACUCCACAGAAUAGCACUGUUAUCCUACCAUCCUAACUCCACAGAAUAGCACUGCUAUCCUACCAUCCUAACUCCACAGAAUAGCACUGCUAUCCUACCAUCCUAAAUCCACAGAAUAGCACUGCUAUCCUACCAUCCUAAAUCCACAGAAUAGCACUGCUAUCCUACCAUCCUAACUCCACAGAAUAACACUGCUAUCCUACCUUCUAGAUGUCACCUUUCUCUACCUAUUUACCACCUCUGCUCCUCCUCCUUCUCUUUUUUGAGAAUGACCCUGUAGUCCCUCCCUCACGCCCUCUUUCACUUUCUCCUCCCCUCCCUCUCUUUUUUUCAUCUGUCUUGUUCGUGUCCUUUGUUUCCACUCUCUUUUUCUCUCUCUCCUUCUCUCUCACCCCCCCCCCCCCCCCCCCCGGCCUGGCAGCAGAGCGAGAGCGCCGCCACCACCCCUUCCCCCUCAUCCUCCCGCCACCACGCCCUGAUCUCCCCACCGAGCAACUUUGAGCACGUCUAUCACAUGAGCCUCGUGUCGGCCGGCCUCUACCUGCAGAAAGAGCCCUCCACCUCUUCCUCCACCUCCUCGCUGCAGCACUGCAGCAUGCCUCAGCUCUCAUCCUCCUCCUCCUCCUCUCCCUCCACCUCCUCCCUAGGAAGGGUAGGCCUGACCUGACGCUUCCCCCCUCCUUCCCCCACUCUCCUCCUUUUGACACCACCACCACCUCUUUUGCACAAUCCCAAAUCGACACCCGCAGUAGCCCUUAUCCCCUAGUGACCUAGCCUCUAUGCCUGGGGUACUGGUUGUUAAAUCUGUGCCUGGAGGCCUGGGGUACUGGUUGUUAAAUCUGAGCCUGGAGGUCUGGGGUACUGGUUGUUAAAUCUGAGCCUGGAGGUCUGGUGUACUGGUUGUUAAAUCCGUGCCUGGAGGUCUGGGGUACUGCUGGUUUUCUUUCUCUCUCUGGUUGUUAAUUGAUUAAUUCAUGUUAUUUUUUCAUUGGACAGAGAUUUGUCCCAGGUCUGAAUUAGUCCAUGAUUAAAGGGAAAGGAUAAACAUUGGCGGUACUUCUACCCUCGGGCCUACAGUGCAUUCGUAAAGUAUUCAGACCCCUUGACUUUUUCCACAUUUUGUUACAUUACAGCCUUGUUCUAAAAUGGAUUCCAUUUUUUUCCACCUCAUCAAUCUACACACAAUACCCCAUAAUGACAGUGUUAAUUUUUUUUGUAUUAAAAAUGAAAACAGAUACAUUAUUUACAUAAGUAUUCAGACCCUUUACUAUGAGACUCGAAAUUGAGCUCAGGUGCAUCCUGUUUCCAUUGGUCAUCCUUGAGAUGUCUAUAAAGAGCACUCCACCAAUCAGGCCCUUAUGGUAGUGGCCAGAUGGAAGCCACUCCUCAGUGAAAGGCACAUGACAGCCCGCUAAAGGACUCUCAGACCAUGAGAAACAAGAUUCUCUGGCCUGAUGAAACCAAGAUUGAACUCUUUGGCCUGAAUGCCAAGCGUCACAUCUGGAGGAAACCUGGCACCAUCCCUACGGUGAAGCAUGGUGGUGGCAGCAUCAUGCUGUGGGGAUGUUUUUCAGCGGUAGGGACUGGGAGACUAGUCAGGAAUGAGGGAAAGAUGAACGGAGCAAAGUACAGAGAGAUCCUUGAUAAAAACCUGCUCCAGAGCGCUCAGGACCUCAGACUGGGGUGAAGGUUCACCUUCCAACAGAACAACGACCCUAAGCACACAGCCAAGACAACGCAGGAGUGACUUUGAGACAAGUCUCUGAAUUUCCUUCAGUGGUCCAGCCAGAGCCCGGACUUGAACCCGAUCUAACAUCUCUGGAGAGACCGGAAAAUAGCUGUGCAGUGACGCUCCCCACUCAACCUGACAGAGCAUGAGAGGAUCUGCAGAGAAGAAUGGGAGAAACUCCCCAAAUACAGGUGUUCCAAGCUUGUAGCGUCAUACCCAAGAAGACUCGUGGCUGUAAUUGCUGCCGAAGGUGCUUCAAAAAAGUACUGAGUAAAGGGUCUGAAUACUUGUGUUUAAAGUUGCAAUGGCCACGUCAGUCUCCGGACUGUGGUUUGAAUUGAGGGCAGUCCAUAAGAGCAGACCAAAGGAAAUCAAGUAUCCGGAAAGAUUCUCUAUGGAGGAAUGGUCUAAGAUCCCUCCCGGUGUGUUCUCAUAAAACACUAAAGGCUAGGUGCCAUUAUCCUAGCAAGGAGAGGGUGCAAAAAGUAUUAAAAACAGUGCUAUUCUUUUUGAGAAAAUAAAUAAUUACUUGUUAAACUCUGAGCAAUUGUAUUAGUAUAAAACAAAUAAAUAAAAAAUUAGCAUACAAAAUCUCAGUAUUUUAUUGAUUUCAUACAGUCUUUUUUGCUCAUCUUUAUCAAGGGUGCCAAUGAUAAUGGUGACUGUAUCUAACCGCUGCUCUUCGAUCUCCACAAAUGAAUAAGGAGUAGGGGCUUGUGGGUCGACUUGGGAUCGGUCAUAUUUCCAGCCCCCCCCUCCCCCCCUCCCCCCCCCCCCUUCUUCCUCGCAGUUCCGUUUUCAGUUUGCUCGAGUGCAGUGAGUUUUUCGGAAUCUGGGGGUGGUUUUUUAUUUCGGCUGACGUCAUAGUGAGUCUGUUUUUCUGUUUCUGGCUGCAGUGUGGUUAUUUGUCAUGUUAGAACUGGUCAACAACAUGCUUGAUAAGCUUCCCUCAGGGUUCAAUGGAGAGAAAGCUUUUUUGAAAAUGGAGCCCAGCCAAUUGGAAAAGCUCCCUAAAGGUUUAAUCUAUUAGAAGACGGCCACCAGAAGUCAUGUAGAGACUUAUCUAUGGCUAUUUUCCCCCCAUUGAAUUUUGCGAAAACAUAUACCGGCGUGGCUUGUGACUUGUUUCAGUCAAACGAGUGACUUUCUGUGCAUCUGGAGUUUAUCGCUGUGCGUGUGAGCUUGUACAAGGCUGUUGGUUUCAUGCGUGUGCAGUAGUGCGUGCAUAAGCAUCCAUAUAAAUGUCUUGACCGUGUCAAAUCAUGCACCUGGGUCGUGUUCAUAAGGCACCCAAUGAAAUUAAACUCAAUUAAAUGGGGAUGUCCAAUAAGAAACGCUAAUUUUUGUUGCAAAACCUUUUAAAAACGUUUUCCGUUGUGUGUCCUAAUGAACACAAACCUGUUCACCCAUAUAGUCAAAUAUAUGUGCCAUUGUCUUACUGUGUGUGUGUGUGUGUGUGUGUGUGUGUGUGUGUGUGUGUGUGUGUGUGUGUGUGUGUGUGUGUGUGUGUGUGUGUGUGUGUGUGUCUUGGCGACUGCUUGGUGGUACAGAGUGUGAUGCAUUCUUCUCAGGACGACCCGGCCAAGGACAAGCCCCGCCCACUCUCCAGUAUCUCCCGGCAACAGUGGAGCAAGACCCACAUCACCCGCACGGCCUCUGGUGAGAGGACCCCGAGCGCACACACACACACACACACACACACACACACACACACACACACACACACACACCUUCCGCAUGUGGUUACAACACAUACUGCAUACCUUUCAACUCACACUUUUUAGUAAAUCCAUUCUCUCUCUCUCUGUCAUUGAUGCUAAUGCUCUAUGUCCGUGUGUGUGUGUGUGUGUGUGUGUGUAUGUGUGUUGUGUCAUGAAGGAGGUGCAGACUUUGGAGGAGCAGGAUCGUCUCGCAACAUCUCCGACCCAGACGGGGACUUUGAGAGAGAGGUAAAGACCCCCAACACAGCACACACACACACACACCAGGGUUUCCGUUAG